AAAUAAAAGAUAAAAAAAUGAGCUCUACCGUUCACCUUUUUUUUUUUUUUUGGAGUGACUGUCGUUUGGGUUACCAUUACCAUGACGUCAGCCGACCCGUACAACUCAUUUGGUCGCCGUCGAUGGACGGAGCGAGACGGUUUGACCACGGGGUUGGUUGGGGGGGAUUCGACACGAAACACUGGCGGCAGUAUAAGCUUUCUUUGUCAAAAUGCAGAGCUGCCAACUCUCAUGCCCAAUUUCUCACGGGGCAAAAUUUUUUGCCUGGCACGGCCACACUGUUCUCCCUGUGUUUUUCCAAACACGGAGAGUAUAGUCAGGGACCCAGCCCAUUAACGGCCUCUCGAGCAAGUACAAGAUCAGCCGACAAAUCAGAUUCGUUUAUUCGCGUGACGUGUUCUUAACGAGCAACGUCACUCUUCCGCGUCGGAAGUCGUCUCCGCAACAACACAGAUGGCGAACGGGAGAGCCGAGAAUAUGUUCCAAUCCACGGUAAAAUCAGUUUUAAAUGAGCAAAAACACAUCGACACAAGUCACUGACAACAGUCUGUCUCGCGCUAGCCAUGUUGAAUAAACUCCGCUCUCCUCGUAUGUUUACUUCCACGCGCAAGGCCCCCGUCCCGCCCGUCGCUGAUUGGUCCACUCCGCUGUCUGUUUGCUGUGGCUUGCUCCGCCCUGGAAAUGUUAUCCGCUUAAUGGUGGCCAGACUCAAUAGCUGGAACAGCGGUGAGUCUGGAGUACCAGGCAACAAAAUUUUGGUCACCACCAACAACCUAGGUUUUUCUAAAAGUUGGCAGCUCUGAAAAUGGAUUGGACGUGUCAUGCCAGCAAUUUAAAUGUGAGAAUUUUGAUAGUUAAAAAACAAAAACGACUUGUUUGAGCUUCAAAAUGGGUCGAAUUGGUAAUGAAGCAAAAACUUGACUUCUUCACACAGGCAUUGCUCUGCUGUCACCGAGUGGACGACAGUGGAAUUACACCUCAAACGAGAACAUGCCGUUUGGAGAAAUCCCGUGGGGAUAAAUUCCUGCAGAUUUUUGGUUUCUUCCUGUAACAAGGUGGCCAAACUUUGCUACAGUAUCAAAUGCAUCAUGCCUAGUUGACUGCCCCUCCUCCAAGGUGCACUAUAAAUUGGCCCGUGCACAGCACCUGUGAGUGAGCCAGGUUUGUUUGCCUUUUUGCCCAUGAAGACUUGACACCUGCUGAGAAGCAGCUGGCCUAGGAUGAGCCGUUAUGUAGGAUUAUUCCAUGGCACUCUACCACCUGGGUGGUAAGCAGGAACGACCAUGCCGAGCUUCCCAGAUUAGGAUGGCAGGGGAGCUGCAGUUGAGGACGGACUCCUUGAAUUGACGCCAUUUGUCACUUUAUUGUAAAUCGGUCUUUAUUGGAACUGCCUUCUCUUUGUGUACAGCUCGGCCAAUCGUAGGCGCGUCCCCUCCUCUCCCGGUAUAAGAAGGUGACCCCCUCCCCGGAGCGCUUUUCACUCCCGGCCUGGCUCGGCUGGAGGACCACUCAGUCGCGUCCCAUCGGCAAGCGGCCCGGCCCGUCCCGUCCCAUCUUUGACGACAACUCGGACCGUCGAGAAGCCGCUCGCUAGGCUUCAUCGGGUGUGGGGGCGGGCUUUGUCCCGACACCUGCAGGCGGCCUCGCACGCUGCCAAGCCAAGAGGGAGAAAAAGAAGAUGAUGAUGAUGAUGUCGACACAAGCGCCGACUUUCACACAGCCGCUUCAGAGCGUGGUGGCACUGGAGGGUAGUGCCGCCACGUUCCAGGCGCAAGUCAGCGGCGCGCCCGUUCCGGAAGUGUCGUGGUUCCGCGACGGCCAGGUCCUGUCGGCCGCCGCGCUGCCCGGCGUUCAGAUCUCGCUCAGCGAAGGCCACGCUGUAUUGAGCAUCGACGCCGUGGAAGCGGCGCACGCCGGCAGGUUUUCCGUCAGGGCCACCAACGGAGCCGGGCAAGCCACCAGCACCGCCGAACUCAUCGUUACGGCGGAGUCGUCGCCGCCCGCUUUCCUUCAGAGACUUCAGAGCUCGACGGUGCGUCAGGGCAGCCGGGUGAAACUCGCCGUAAGGGUCGCCGGCAUCCCGCCGCCCGUCGUGGCCUUCUACCGAGACGGAGCCGAGAUCCGGAGCUCGGCCGAUUUCGCCGUCGUCCGCGAAGGUGACCUGUACGGCCUGGUGAUCGCCGAGGCCUUCCCGGAAGAUUCCGGAACCUACUCUGUGAUGGCCACCAAUGGCGUCGGCCGCGCCACGUCCUCUGCGGAACUGCUGGUUUACGGCGAGGAAGUCGUCCCGGCUAAGAAAACCAAGACGCUGUUUUCCGGCUCGCAAAUAACUCAACAGACUGUAGUGGAGCAGGUGACAGAGGCCGCUUUUCAGACCUUUGCCACCACGGAGAUCGAGGCGGGGGGCGCGGAACCGACGGCGCUCACGGCCCGCGAGACGACGGCAGAGGCGGCCGCUCCGCCCGCGGCGGAUCGCCGCCGGUCGCCCGUCAGACACGUCGACGCGCCCGGCAGGGCACCGACGGUCGCCUACCUGACGAGCGGCGGCCCCGACGUCCUCCCUCCCUGGAAGCGGGCGGGCUCCCCGAGUGAGGUCGUCCGCGCGGCCGGGCCGGAGCGAGAGCAGCAGCAGCAGCAGCAGCAGCUUGUCUGCCUCGAACAGGUUUCGGAAGAAGCCCCGGCGACUCCUUCGGUCGCCGACGCGGUCCCGCCGGCUUUGAUUUCUGCUUUGAAAGACACGGACGUGAGCGAAGGCGAGACGGUGACGCUGGAGUGCCGGCUGGCGGGUCGGCCCGCCCCCGCGGUGGCGUGGUUCCGCGAGGACUACGAGAUCCGGAGCUCCACCGACUUCCAGAUCGGAUACGACGACGAGGACGGCCGCGCGCGCCUGGUCAUCCGCGAGGCCUUCGCCGAGGACAGCGGACGCUUCACCUGCACCGCCACUAGCCAGUUCGGAACAGUCAGCACUUCCUGUUACCUGCUCGUCCGGGUGACCGAGGACGCGGAUGGCCGAGAGGAGCCGGCCGAGGAACCCGAAGAGAAACUAAUAAGCCAAGAAGAAGAAGAAGAAGAAAGGCCCGAGUCCGUGUCGACGGCGGCUCCUUUCUUCGUCAGGACUCCCGGCGUCCAGAAGAUGGUCGAGGGAGGGAGCGUUAUCUUUGAAUGUCAAGUCGGGGGGAACCCCAAACCGCACGUCGUCUGGAAGAAGGGGGGCAUCCCGCUCACUACCGGAUACAGAUACAAAUCCGCCUACGAGAAGGAGAGCGGCGCGUGCCAGCUACUGAUCUCCAUGACAUUUAGCGACGACGCCGGAGAAUAUUCCGUCGUCGCCAGGAACCGGCUGGGAGAGGCGUCCGCCACCGCCGUCUUGCUGGAGGAAGAUGACUACGAAGUCUACAUGAAGAAAGAGGAGGUGAUCGCCUUAAAGACACCGAUGGAAGCGGCGGCGCAAGAGCCCCCGGCGGGAGACGUGGCCCCCGCCGUCACCGACAAGAUGACCGCCACCCUUAUUUCUGGACAGGACUUUCACCUAUCGAUGCUGGAGCAGCGCAUCAUGCAGGAGAUCGAGCUGAGCAUCCUGAGGAUUAGUUACGGCCAACUGCUGAUGGAGGACGGCGAACAGAUGAGCGGCUCCCCGAACGACGACGGCGCCGCGCCCCCCACCUUUGACACCCUGGUGAAGAACUACCGCGUCGUGGAGGGAAUGGCCGUCACUUUCCACUGCAGGAUGCUCGGAGAGCCGCCUACCAAGAUCGCUUGGUUUAAAGACGGUCAGCGCAUCCGGGCCGGCGGCCGCUACCGGGCGGAGGUUCUUCCGGACGGACGCGCUAGUUUACGAUUGGCCGCGGUUCUUCCCGAGGACGAGGGCGUCUACAGCGCCUUGGCCAGCAACGCCAAGGGUAACGCCGUCAGCUCCGGGAAGCUCUACGUGGAAGCGUACGGAAGCCCGUCGCCUCAGCGAUACGCGCCGCGGUCGGCCGCGCGGAGGAUCCGAUCGGAAUCCCCCCGCUCGACGAGCCCUUCCGUCAGCCGCUCUCCCAGUCGCUCGCCCGUCCGGAGGCCGGACGAGACCGACGAGCUUCAGCUGGAGAGGCUGUACAAGCCCGUCUUCGUGGUGAAGCCCGUCUCGCGUCAAUGCUCCGAGGGGCAGACCGCCCGAUUUGACCUGAAGGUGGUCGGCAGACCCGUGCCCGACACGUACUGGUUCCACGACGGACAACAAGUUGUCGGCGAUUACACCCACAAGAUCGUGAUUAAAGAGGACGGCACUCAGUCCCUAAUCAUCACGCCGGCUGUGCCGCACGACUCCGGCGAGUGGACGGCGGUCUCUCAGAAUCGGGCCGGACGCUCGUCCAUUUCCGUCACGCUGACCGUCGACGCCAAAGAAAGCUUGCUGCGUCCGCAGUUUACAGAGAAGCUGAGGAACAUUAGCGUCAAACAAGGAACUCUGGUGGAACUGGCCGUCAGAGCCAUCGGGAACCCCUCGCCGGACAUCGUCUGGCUCAAAAAUAGCGACAUUGUCACGCCUCAAAAGCACCCGCACAUCAAGAUCGAAGGGAGAGGAGGAGAGGCGACGUUCCAGAUCCCGUCGGCUUCGGCUUCAGACGGCGCCUGGUACACGGCCACGGCCAUCAACAAAGCCGGCAGGGACACCACCCGCUGCAGAGUCAACGUGGAGACGGAUUACGCCCGACCCGAGCCGGAACGGAAGCUGAUCAUUCCCAGGGGAACCUACAAGGCCAAAGAAAUGGCGGCUCCCGAACUAGAGCCCCUGCACCUGCGCUACGGCCAAGAGCAGUGGGAGGAGGGCGACCUCUACGACAAAGAGAAGCAGCAAAAACCCCAAUUCAAGAAGAAGCUGAGCUCCGUUCGCAUGAAAAAGUUCGGUCCGGCUCACUUCGAGUGCAGACUGACCCCUAUCGGAGACCCCACCAUGGUGGUGGAGUGGCUCCACGACAGCAAACCCUUAGAGGCCGCCAACCGGCUGCGCAUGGUCAACGAAUUCGGCUACUGCAGCCUGGACUACGAGGUGGCGUACGCUCGAGACAGCGGCGUCAUCACCUGCAGGGCCACCAAUAAAUUCGGAGCGGACCAGAACUCGGCCACCCUGAUCGUCAAGGACGAGAAGGGUCUGGUGGAGGAGAGCCAGCUGCCCGAGGGGAGGAUCGGGGCGCACAGGAUGGAGGAGAUGGAGCGCGUGGCCCACGAGAGAGCGCCGGCGGGAGCGGGCGCCGACGGGGAGACGGAAAAGACCAAACCCGAAAUCGUGCUGCUUCCCGAGCCGGCUCGAGUCCUGGAGGGCGAAAUCGCCCGAUUCCGCUGCAGGGUGACCGGUCACCCCUCGCCCAAGGUCAACUGGUACCUCAACGGACAACUCAUCCGCAAGAGCAAGCGAUACCGACUGCGCUACGACGGCAUUUACUAUCUGGAGAUCGCGGACGUCAAGUCGUACGAUUCGGGCGAGGUCCGAGUGGUCGCCGACAACAACCUGGGCUCCGCUCGGCACGCCGUUAAGCUGGAGAUUCGGCCCAAGGAGGACUUCAGGACGCAUCUCCGCCGGGCUCCCGAGCCAAGGCCGGCCGAGGCGGCGCCCGAGUCCGGCAAAGCUCCCUUCGAGGUGGUGAAGGUGGAGCGGGACUCCGAGGACGGCGGGCAGAAAGAGGUCGUCAAGCUGAAGAAAGCCCAAAGGAUCGUUCGCGAGAAAGCUAGCGAGGAGUCCGAGGAAUUGAGGAGCAAGUUCAAGCGCCGGACCGAAGAGGGCUACUACGAGUCCAUCACGGCCGUGGAGCUCAAGUCUCGCAAGAGAGACGACUCCUACGAAGAUCUGUUGAGGAAGACCAAGGAGGACCUCCUCCAUCGGGCCAAGGAGAAGGAGGAGGAAGAGAAGAAAAAAGAGGAGGAGCGACAGAAAAUCGGCGUCAAGCCGCUCGAGACGGAAAAAAGGGUCAAGCUCCCGGCCGACGCCGAAGCGCCCAAAUUCCUGGAGCGCAUCUCCAGUCAGACGGCGGCACGGGGGGACCAGGUCAAGUUCAGAGUUCGGCUGGCGGGCAGACCGGAACCAGAGUGCCAGUGGUUCAAGAACGGCGUUCCGCUGGAGAAGACGGACAGGCUUUACUGGUUCUGGCCCGAGGACCGCGUGUGCGAGCUGGUCAUCCGAGACGUCGUCCCGGAAGAUUCGGCCAGCGUCAUGGUCAAAGCCGUCAACUCCGCCGGAGAGACCUCCGGCCACGCUUUCCUCCUGGUGCAAGCAAAACAAGUCAUCGCUUUUACGCAAAAGUUGGUGGACAUCAACGCCAAGGAGAAAGACACCAUGGCCACCUUCGAGUGCGAAACCAACGAACCCUUCGUCAAGGUCAAAUGGUUUAAGGACGGGGCCGAGAUCUUCUCCGGAGACAAGUACCGGAUGCACUCGGACAGGAAGGUCCACUUCCUGUCCGUGCUCACGCUGGAAAUGAAAGACGUCGGUCAGUACGCCUGCGCGGCGGCGCACGACGGCUCGGUCAGGACCGCCGCCGAGCUGGACGUGGAAGGCGCCCCGCUGGAAAUCCUAAAGCGCCUGGAGAGCGCCGAGGUGCCGGAGUCUUACGCGGGAGAGUUCGAAUGCGAGCUGUCGCGCGAGGACGCCGAGGGCACCUGGUACUUCGGCGACCGGCCGCUGUCUACCGGCGACAAGUACUCGAUGACGUCCCGGCGCGGACGCCACGGCCUGACCGUCAAAGACGUCAACAAGGCCGACCAAGGACAGUACUCCUUUGCGGUGGGCGACUUGAAGACCAGCGCUUCCCUCAAGAUGAAAUUCCGGCCGGUGACCUUGUUGCAGCCUCUGUCCGAUCUGACCGUGUGCGAGGGCGACAUCGCCCAGAUGGAGGUUAAGUUCUCGCAGGGCAACGUGGAAGGCACCUGGACCAAGGACGGGCGAGCCGUCGCCGCCUCGGACCGCGCGCACGUGGUCGUGGACAAGCAGAUUCACAAACUCCUGAUCGAGGACGCCGAGAAGGACGACGCCGGCGUCUACGCCUUCGCCGUUCCGGCUCAGGGGAUCUCCACCACCGCCAAGCUGAGCGUCCAAACGAUCGGCAUCUCGACGCCGCUGAGGGACGCGGACGCGCUGGAAGGCGCCAAGACGGUCCUGGAGGCCAAGAUCUCCGCGCAGGACGUCAGCUCGGUCAAGUGGUACCGCGACGACCGAGCCGUGACGCCCGACGAGCGGGUCCAGGCGGUGGCCAAGGGAGCCAAGCAGCGCCUGGUCUUCGCCAGAACCUUCGCCUCCGACCGAGGGCGCUACAAGCUGGUGGCGGGCCGAGCCCAGACCGCCUGCGACCUGACCGUGCGGAGCGUUCAAAUCGUGGCCCCGAUGAAGGCCAAGGAGUGCGCCGAGUCGGAGAACGUGACUUUUGAAGUGGAAGUGUCUCACGACGGCGUGGACGCCUUCUGGACCUUCAAGCGGCAGCCGCUCAAAGCCGGAAGCAAAUACAAGAUGGAGUCUAAGAACAAGCGGCACGCUCUGACCAUCCUCAACGCCACUAAGGACGAGGAGGGCGAGUACGCCUUCGCCGCCGGAGAGAAGACCUGCUCGGCGCCGCUGAGCGUCACAGGCGGCGCCAUCACCAAGCCCCUCCGGGACUUGACGGUGGCCGACUCGCAGACGGCCGAGCUGGCGUGCGAGGUGGCCAACCCGUCGGCGGAAGGCCUCUGGCUGAAAGACGGCCGUCCGGUGGAAUUCGACGACAACGUGUCCUGCCGGGUGGACGGACGCGUCAGGUCCCUGCUCAUCGCCGUGGCCAAAGCCGCUCACGUCGGGGAGUACGCCUAUCAGAUCGCCAGUUCCAAGACCUCGGCCGCUCUCAAGGUGGAAGCCGUGAAGGUGAGGAAGACUCUGAAGAACCAGAACGUGAUCCAGAGCCAAGACGCCGUCUUCAGUCUCGAGCUGACCCACGAGAACGUGAGGGGAGCGCAGUGGAUCAAGAACGGCGCGGAGAUCAAGCCCGGCGACAAAUACGAGAUCGGCAUCAGCGGCACGCUGCAUACCUUGAAGAUCAAAGACUGCGGCCCGCAGGACGAGUCUGUUUAUUCAUUCAAACUGGGGAAAUUGUCGGCCAACGGCAGGUUGAACGUGGAAGCCGUCAAGAUCACCAAGAAGCCCAAAGACGUGACUUCCCUCCCGGGAGCUUCCGCCGUUUUUGAGUUGGCCGUCUCGGAGGACGGCGUUCCGGUCAAGUGGCUGUUCGACGAUUCGGAGCUGACGCCCGGCCCGGACUACGAGACCGCGUCCGAGAAGAAGACUCACAAACUGCUGGUCCGGAACGUGGACGCCAGCAAGGCGGGGGAGUACGCGGCCGUCGUCGCUCAUUUGCGCUGCGCGGCUCGCCUCGCCGUCGAAUCUCUCGGCGUGACCGAACCCCCCAAGAGCACGACGGUGGCAGAAACUCAGACGGCGACUUUGGAGUGCCGCGUGUCGCACCUCAACAUCCCCUCCGUCUGGCUGAAAAACGGCGCCCGGAUGGAGAUGAGCGACAAGUUCGGCAUCACGGCGCAGGGCAAAGUCCACCGGCUGACCAUCGCCGACGCCGGCGAGGACGACUCGGCCGAGUACGCCUUCGCGUGCGGCGACCGCCGCGCGUCGGCCGCGCUCACAGUCGACCCCGUCGUCAUCACGACGGCGCUACAAGACAUCAAUGCUCAGGAGAAGGACACCGUCACGUUGGAAGUGAAGGUCAACCACCAGGCGAUCUCUUCCAAAUGGCUAAAAAACGGAGCAGAGAUCCGCUCCAGCGACCGUUGCCAGGCUCGCUCUAAAGGCCAAACGCACACGCUCAGCAUCCGCAACGUUCACUUCGGAGACGGCGGCGAGUACGCCUUCGUGGCCGGACGGGCGCGCGCUUCCGCUAAGCUCCGCGUGGAGGCUCGCGUGGUCGAGUUCGGCAAACAACUGAAGGACUUGAAGAUCACCGAGAAGAAGAGAGCAACUUUCGAAUGCGAACUCUCCGAAGCAAACGUCCAAGUGAUCUGGAUGAAGGACGGCCAGGAGCUGGAGAUGUCCGACAGGUACCAGAUGACGUCCGAGAAUCGGACGCACCGCUUGGUAUUGCCGUCCGUCCGUCUGUCGGAUUCCGGCGAGUACGCGGCAGUGGCGGGCUCCAGCGUGUCCAAGGGGAACCUCGCCGUGGAGGGGCGGGACAUCAAGAUCUCAGAACCCGCUCAGAAAAACAUCACGGUCGUGGAGCGACAAAAAGCCACGUUGGAGUUCCAAGUGAGCGAGGACGACGUGGAAGGUCGCUGGAUGAGGAACGGUACGGAGAUCCGCUUCUCGCCGGACCGACGCUUCAGCUACGUCACCGUCGGAAGACUGCACCGCCUGACCAUCGGCGAAACCUACCGUAGCGACGGCGGCGAGUACGUCUUCGUCGCGGGGAGGAACACGAGCGCCGUCAACCUUCACGUUCAACUCCCCGAAGCCCCUCGGGUGCUGCGCCCCCUGCAGGCGCAGACGGCGACGUCGGGAAAAUCGGCCCGCUUCUCGGUGAGGGCGAGCGGUCUCCCGACGCCGCGGGCGACCUGGCUGAAGGGCUCGGAGGCCGUGUCCGCCACCUCCGUCCGCAAGUUCCUGCGUGACGAGGACGAGUACGCGCUGCUGCUUCUGGAAGCCUUCCCCGAGGACGCCGCCGUCUACACUUGCCGGCUGGCCAACGAUUUGGGAGAGGCCGAGAGCUCGGCGUCGCUGCGGGUGGAAGUUCCAGAAGAGCGUGUCCCCCGGGUCUCUGCUCCGAUCCUGCUUUGUCCCAUGAGAGACAUCCUUGUGACAACGGGACAUUCUGCCCAUUUGGAGUGCACGGUCUCCGGGGAAGAUCUCCAGGUCAGCUGGUCAUUGAACGACACAGAGUUGAAAGAUUCGGACACGUUGAAGAUGUCUCGUUUUGGAGACGUGUGCCAGUUGAACAUUCCCAGAGUAGCGUUGGAGCACGAAGGGGAGUACUCGUGCCUUGCCAGGAACUCGGGAGGAAUGGUGAUGUGUGCGGCCACUCUCAAUAUUGACGAUGAAAAAACCUUAACUAGCAUGGCGAGCACUUUGAACGAGGCCAUGAUAAGUCAGAGGCUGGAGACUCAGACCUUUACCGAGUUUAGCGAGUCUUACUCGGAGAGCUCCCACGUAUCUUGGCGGACGCUGGAGGUGGAAACGGAGAGCUCGCGCCGCGGCGGCGUUCCGAUCCGAGCGCCGCCGCCUCGGCUGCUGACGGAGCUGCGGGACGUCCGCGUGAAAAGCGGCGAGAUGGCCCGAUUCAGCUGCUCCUUUGACGGGCAGCCCUUCGUGGGCGUGGUUUGGGAUCACAAUGGCCAGAAUCUGUCGCGGGAGCGGGCCAGGAGCUCUCAGAGCGGCGGGGUCUUGUCCCUGGUCAUCCAGGGCGUGAGUUUGGCCGACCAGGGCGUGUACCGCUGCACCGCCACCAACCCGCACGGCCAAAGCAGCUCCUCCGCCCGCCUCACCGUGGAAGCUAAAGAGACAAAGGUCAAAGAGCAGUGUGCCGUCGCGACAGAUACCGUGCACACGCCCUCACGGGGAGCCGGGGAGCUCAGAAAAGACUCUCCCGAGAUCCCGGAGCAGGAAAUGACGGAGGAGAAACCGGGCUCCCUGCCGGCGUACUCGCAGCUGUGCCUCCUGGAAAGCUUUCCCGACACCCGCCUGUGCCGCCGCCCCGACUUCCUGAUCCGGGUCCCCCGAGAGAACCGCGGCCUCUUGCCGUAUCGCGUUCCUUACGGGCUCCCCUUUGCCGUUUGGCUUUACGGCCGCUCCAACGGGGCGGCUCGCGUGUCGUACUCUCGCAAACGCGACGGCCCCCUGUGCGGUCUGACCGUUACGAACGCCGGACCCGGACGAGGGGGCUAUUUGUCCGGCCCGACCUCAGUCGAAGACGCCGAGUGCGGCUUGAUGACCAAAGUCACGGUGGACCACGGGGCGCCCGUCAUCCACGUCCAAGAGGAAGUCUCAGCCUUCUCUAGCUCAAGCAUCGCAGUGGAAGAGGAAACACGUCCCUCCUGUGAUUCUGAUGUUAAGCAGCUUCCAGACAAAACACCAGUAGUUGACUUUCAGUCAGAGAGCAAAUUCUCCUCCCGGGCUUUGGCUAAACCAAAUCAAAAGCCGGUUUUCCUCAGCAAACUUUCUCCUCGGACAGCCGUGACCGUCGGAGAAAAGGCUCGCUUUAGCGUCAAAGUGGGCGGUUUUCCCCAGCCCGCCGCGCGGUGGUCCCACAACGGCCGGAGCGUCGGCACUUCUUCGAGCUACGAGUGCCUUCGUGAGCGAGACCAGUGCAUUCUGAUCAUUAACAGAGUCGAAGCCGAGUUAGAAGGAGAGUACUCCUGCGCAAUCAGCAACGGCUUCGGGCAGGAAGCUUGCACUACGUAUCUGCGCGUUCAGACGAGCGAACCGCCAAAGACAGAGAGGCUCCACACGGCGCCGGUGCCGUGUGGCCGACCUCCCUUCUUUUCCAAAACUAUAGAGUCCGUUCGGCCGCGCGAGGGAGCUCGGGCGUCGUUCGCUUACGUCGUGAGCGGGGAUCCUCGGCCCGAGGUGCGCUGGCUCAAAGACGGCCUUCGCGUUCCGCCUAGCGGCUCCUGCGUAACGGCGAGCGGCUCGGACGGAUCGGGCUUUCUCACCGUCACGUGCGUCAAGCGGGAGGACGUAGGCGUCUAUACCUGUGAGGCGUCCAACCGCUUUGGGGAAGCGACCUGUAGCGCCCGGCUUUCGCUUUUUGGCGUCAAACUUGAAGACGAGUCGGUUAAAACAAAAACGUCGACCGUCUACGUGACCGGAGAAACCAAAGAGUCCAGAUUACGUUCAAAUCGGAUGAUUUACACCAUUGAUAGCGAGAGCCGGGAAAUCAUUCCCAGCGAAGAGGUGGGAACCCUCAGCGAGCCGGCCAUCUACGCGGCCACCCCUCACCGCGAGCGGCUCCCGCAGCGAGCCGCGGUGCUAGAGUCACGGCAGAUCCACGAGCGUGUUUGCGUGGCCCCCGGCCAUCCGCCUCGCGCCUCUAUUAUUCUUGUGAAAACACCCCACGCGGUAUCCUUCUCGGCGUCGUUCCAGGAGACACGCGCGAUCCCCGAGCGGCACUCUGAACGCGUUCUCAGCCCGGAAGCGGCGGAGCCGGACAUUGUCAAAGAGCGGCGCUCAGAGCUCCGGUCGGCCACGACCGGGCGACUCCUGCCGCUCGGCACGGCGAGCGCUUGGGCGACGGCCGGCCUCGUCCCGCGGUACGCGGAGACCUCGACCGAGUCCCGACGGCUCGUCGCCCGCCACUCGGCGGAGACCGCUAUACCGGUCCUCGACGGAACAUUGUCAGUCUUCGGCCGACCGGAGCGGGAGAAAAGUUUUGAGGUGGUCGAGGGGCUUAAGAUUCUGUACUCGUCUCAGUCCGCGGGGCGGCUGCCGAUCACGGAAGGUCAUUGUGAGCAGCUGCCGACGGAAGCGGACGCCCGCGCUUCGACGGUCAAAGAGCCAAAGCGGGCGUGGCGCGCAUCAGUAAAUCAAUCAUUGCUGCUUUUGAGCAAAGCGCGCGAAUUGGAAACGUACACGCCCGGGCAGGAGUCUCUCCGUCCGGGAAAAGACCGUGUCUACAGUGUUGCUCUCACCGCCGAAGAGAAAUACCCACUGCAGAGCGAUAUCCUAGGACAGGUAGCGAGUUUAGCGUCCGGUCAGAGUCUGCGGCCUUUGCCGCAGACAGAAGUAGUCCUGAAUCUUCAGCUUAUCAGCGAUCAGUCCGUUUUGUUGUCAGAAGGCAAAUUGAGCAGUGAAAAACCUUGGACAGAGCAGGCGGAUUUGAGGGCCGGCCCCAGUUUGCUCUACACUGUAUCUCAAGAAGAGCAGAGGCCUGUCCUUUGUCAGGCCAUCUCAGAACUCUCAUCCGAGAUGGACGUGAAGUCCAUUCGGGCCCAAAAAGAGCUUCCGCCCACACAAUAUCUACAGACCAUCCAUUCCUUAUGGGUUCUGCCUAAAGAAGGCCGGCUUUGCACAAGCAAACCUAGCCAGCACGCGGCGGUGCCAAAGCAGGAAAAAUGUAGAAGGCACGCGGCGCUCUCGCAGGAGAGAAGAGUGCCGACUGCCGACUUCCACAAAGAUUUGGAGUUGUCCUCGACCGGGUUUUGUUGCCGAUCUGCACCAGAGCCCGAGCUUUCUAGCGUCCUUCCCGUCUCCACCCGGUCGGAGCCGUUAUUGAAGGAGACGCCCUCGCCAACGCGGCUAGAAGCCCAACGGGCAACGCUUCACAAAGAGGACUCGUGGACUAUCGUGAAUUCGGCACAUAUUACAGAUGUCCGAGUGCUUGAAGAGGGUCACGCCUUUCCUUUUGAGGCUGCUGCGCAUUUUGAGACCGAGAUAAAAACAGAGCCCCAAAUUCCCAGAAAGCCCACAAUGGUAGAAGAGACGGCGGUCGCGACCGAGAGCGCUCUCGUCUUAGAAGCCGCGGAGCGAGACUUUGCCAUCCCCGUCCGGGAAGGUCAGUCGCUACGACAGUCGCUGUCGCUUCAGGAAAAGUACAUCCUGACCCCCGAGCGGUCGAGUGUCACGCAAACAUCUGGAGGAUACACCGCCAGUGUUUCAGUCCAACCUCAAAGGGUUCUCUUGAUAGCGGAGUGUCUCCGAUCUCAAACGUUACCUAAAGAACUUCUCUUUGUCAUUCAGGUGCCCAAAGAGUCGCGUUUAAAUAUUCGCCGUCAGCUCAGAGAUGCGCUUCAGUCUGCCGUAGUCAGUCGGUAUCCGGCGUCGCUCGACGAUGCGGUCGGCCGUUUGGAGGCCCUUGACAUUCAGGAGAUGAAAGUGCAAAAGGAGCCUAAGGGCCUUAUGCAUUCCUACCUGAUCACAACCCCCAAUGCGCUCAUGGAGCUCACCCCGUUUUUCCAAUGCGACUACCCUCAGAGAGCCCGGCUCGCAUCAGAACUCCGGCGUGCUCUUCACGCUUCGGUCUCGCGGGAGCGGCAAAGUCUGGAGUCUGAGCGACCGGGUUUCGCGCGACUCUCCGAGCCACAGAAAGCGUGCGGGUGCUUAGAGCGCUCCCCGGAGUGCUCCUCGUCCACGGUGAACACGGUGACCGUGGCGGAGAGUGCCGACGGGUUCCCCGCGGCCGUUUCUCACUCUGCUGCCGUCACGACGGAAACGGCGUUCCGGACUGCGAGGAUUCAGAAUCCGACAAAAGUCCACCAAUCAAAGCGUGUGACAGAAUCCGCCCCCCCGCCGGUUAGCCAUAGUCCUCCCUCAGAACUCGUAGACUCGUUUGUUUGCGAGGAUGCGCGUCUUUCAGAGGUCGCCGCAAAUAGCGCGGCCAGCCCUCCGCUCGUCAUCGCUUCUUCGGAUGAAGUUUGCGCUGAGGAAAACAACCAGGCGGUCGUGGCUUGCACUGUCAAGCACGCCACUGUGGUCAACUGGUUUAUCAACGGACACCUGGUGGAGCCUGGCGGGGAGUUUGCGUGUUCGAGAGACGGGGACACGUACACGCUGACUAUCAAGAGAGUGGUGAAGGAGAAGCAUCACGGCAAGUGUGUUUGCGAGGCCACCAACCGAGCUGGCGGAACCACGGCACGGACGCGACUCAAAGUUGUCUCAAGAGUUCUUCAAACAGCGAUGCCCGUGUUCAAACGGCACUUAACUCCCGUAGAGAUAAACACCGGCGACACCGCCAGGUUCGAGUGUGAAACUGAGGAUGCCAGCGAAGUCACCUUCAAGUGGUUCAAAGAUGGAGGACUCAUCAAAGAGGGAGAGCGCUUUAGGAUUAUCAGCCGGGUUACCAGUUCCUCUCUGGAGGUCUUGUACGCCGGCACAGAUGACGCCGGCGAGUACAGCUGCAAGGCGUCCAACAGACACGGCGGCGACGAAUGCUCCUCCACGCUGGCCGUGACAGACAAACGAUUCCCUCCCGCCUUUGUCACUAAACCCGAGCCUCAGAGCGUUUAUGUCGGAAAAAGCGCACGGAUCGAGUGCACGGUGGCGGGCUCCGCUCCGCUGAAUGUCCAGUGGUUCAAAGACCGGCGGGUCGUGGCCGACGUGCCCGCGCGGUUCAAAACCUUCCGGAACAAAAAUACGAUCGGUCUCGACAUCGCCUCGGCCGAACCGGCCGACGGGGGCCUUUACCUGUGCCGGCUGUCCAAUCUGGCGGGCGCGGCCGAGUGCGGCGUGGAGCUGCGAGUUGCAGGAAAGCCCGACUUUAUCGAGCCGCCCGGCCAAGCGCCACCUGACUCUAAACCAUCCGAUGAGGAUAGGACAGUUGCUCUCAAUAUCUUUGAGACUACGCUCGACGAUCGUGGCUCUUACGUGCGCAUGGUGGCAGACGAAGCCAGCAGCGCGACUUGCGCCGCCUCUGUCCAGGUUCAAGAACGCGCACUUCCUCCCGCCUUCAUCAAGCGUCUACCGGAGUCGUCGAAGGACGUCGCGGGCGAGACGGUGGCCAUGGAGACUCGGCUGUCCGGCUCCCGGCCUCUCGAAAUCACCUGGCGCAAGGACGGCACGAAAAUCGGCCCUUCGGACAAAUACCGUGUCAGCUUUGAGAACGAUGUCGCCUCGCUGUUUGUCCGGGACGCGGCCACAUCCGAUGGCGGCGUGUACACCUGCGAGGCCUCCAACACGGUGGGAAAAGCUUCCUGUCAGCUUUCCCUCACCAUUUCAGAAAGCACAAAGCCUCCUAAAUUCGACAUGCCGAUGCAGCCGGUGACGCUGAGCGAGGGCGAUCAUUUGAGCCUGAAAUGUCAAGUGAGCGGUUCUCCUCCGCUCAUUAUCAACUGGAUGAAGGACAGGAGGGAGCUCAGGUCCGGCGACGGCACAAAGAUCACCUUUGCCGGCGGCGCACCUUGUCUGGAAAUCAGUCAGGUGAGCAAAAUGGCGGCGGGAGAUUAUUUGUGCAAGGCCAGCAACUCCGCCGGAACCGACUUCUGCAAGGCAAAGGUCACCAUCAAAGAAAAAGAAUCCGAGGCCAUUCCCGUCGCUCCCGCUGCUCCGAUCAAACGUCUAGACAAUCUUUUCUUCAUCGAGGAACCCAAGAGUGUUUCUGUCACAGAGAAGGGCUCGGCCACCUUCAUAGCCAAGAUCGGAGGCGAGCCCAUCCUCAGCGUCAAGUGGAUGAAGGGCAAGUGGAGGCAGGUCACGCCCGGCGGUCGCAUCACCGUCGCGCACAAGGGCCAGGAAGCCAAAUUGGAGAUCCGCGAGGUGACCAAGUCGGACUCGGGCCAGUACCGCUGCGUGGCCUCCAACAAGCACGGCCAGAUCGAGUGCAGCGCCGACAUGGAGGUCACAAAAAAAGAGGAAACCGCCCCAGACGUCAGGAUCCAGCUCAAGAAGACCCCUUCUAAGCAAAAGUCUCCCAAAAAAGAACAAGAGACAAACAUUGUGGAAUUGCUCCGAGGCCAAGAACCCGAAGACUACGAGAAAGUUUUGCGGGAGCACCGAAUCCACGACUACCGAGCCAUCCUUCAGGCGAUAGAGGUCCUCAGGCGGGAGAAGGAAACGGAGGCUCAAAGUCCGGAGGCGUCACGUGGCAGCCAACAUCGCGACCGGGUCGAAGAAGAAGAUAUGGCCCGCAUCAUCCAGCUGCUGGAGGGACGCGUGGACACCGAGCCCGUCACCGUCAUGGAGGACAUCAGUGAUCAGACGGCGGCGGAGGACGAGAACGCUACUUUUGAGUGCCGGAUCCGGAUCAACUACCCGGAGAUCACGCUAACCUGGUACAAAGGAACCCACAAAUUGGAGGACGGCCACAAAUACGGCAUCAGCAGCAGCGGCGAACGCCACAGCCUGACUGUACGCCAGUGCCAGGGCGGAGAUGGAGGCGACUACCGGCUGGUCUGCGGUCCUCACAUCUCCAAUGCCAAGCUCCACGUCUCCGUUCCCAAAGUUGGCAGGCGAGCUGAGGAGGCCCCUGAAUCUCAAGCUCCCGCUCAGCUACAAGAUGCCGAAAAGCCGCUUGCUGCGGCGCCUUCGCAAUUGGAAACUUGGGAUACUGAAGAAUUCAAAGAAGAACCAGAAACAACAACAAUUCCCAUGGAAGUGGAAAAGAUUGGUGAAAUGCCAAAGAUCUCAGAAGCUCCCACCACCGAAGAAAGAUCUCCACACGUAGCGAAAAGUGAUGACCUAAUUCCGGCCCCGGCAAAGCAGACGUCUCCGCAACAAGCUCGGCGCAGAGCUGAAGAAGCGCCUCGAGGAGGAAAUAGGGAGCGAGUCGACGAGACCGGGGCAAAGGAGGAUAUUCUCGCUGGCCGCCAGACUCUGCCCUUCCACCAAAACCAGCUAACAGACAAACCUUUUGAGCAGAAAGACACCUUUGCUCACGUCCCAGACACAGACGGAUCAAUUCCACCGAAGACCAUUCUCGCCUCAUCUAUAGAGCGCUCGCGCGGUCGGACUGACGUCGAAACGCUAUUGUCGUUACGCAAAGAUUUAAGAGACGCGAGUCUGCGAGCCGAUCGCGUGGAAACCAAAGUAUUUCCUCCGUGCGAAGAAGCGGCAAAGUUACAGAGUCCGCUCCGGGAAAGGAAAAGCACAGUUAUGCGGAAGGCCGGGCGCCAAGUUUGCGCAAAAACCAAAGAGAUGAAAGCGGAAGCCGAGGUUGUCUGUUCAACGGAAUCUCCGCUCAAAUCCGCGCCGGCAGAGAAAACGGCCGAAAGGCGUCAGGCGGCGGCGAGCGAGCUCCUUGACCCGCAACCCGGAGAGGAUCGGGAGUUAAAAGCAAGCGCAAGGAAUGAACGCGUCUCCGCCGCAGGUCCACUUGAAGAAAUGGCACUAGUUCAUGCUGUGGAUAAAGAACAUUGGAAAGUGAGCAAAUUGUCAGGCGCGGAAAAGAAGAGAGUAACUCCCACAGAAAUGAACUAUCUGCCGGACGUGUUUGACCGGGAAGUCGAAAAAUCCACUCCUCUCAGAGAAACGGUCCCGUUGGCGACAGAAGACUCUCCGCUCAACGGAGCCGCGUCGACCGACGAGCCUCCCGUAGAAGGCGUUGUUAAACCGAGGCUUUUUUCUUUUUUCUGCGGCGAAGUGCAUUUUCCUGACCGAGUGAAACGUCAACCUUCGACAGAGAGGGAUGACGGCAAGCCCGAUGAAGCGUCUCCUGUGGAGGUGAAAGCAUCUGCGGCCGCCGCGUCUUCGCUUCUUGCUCCCGUAGGGAAGGUCUCUCCGCCGCCGUCAGCCUCUCCUAUAGAGAAGGUAACGUCGAAAGCCUCGCGGGACGAAGCGACUCUUCCCGCAGUGUCUCCUUCAGAGGAGGGCAAAGUCUCCGCUGCCGCUGCCGCCGCCGCCGAGGUCAUUCCCUGCCCAGAGGAGAAAUCAUCUCCGCCAGCCAAACCGCAGGCUAAAGAAUCUCCUGCUCUCAAGCGCGACUCUCCACCUGAAGACAAGGAACCAGUAAAGGCUCCUGGACCAACUAAAGCGCCAGCUGUACAAAAAGAUGCGAGCCCACUUCGACAGAAAAAAUCACAGAAGAUGAAGCCAAAUAUUCCAUCCAAAACUAAAGAGAAGGAAACCGAAGUCUGGGUUGUCGGCUUGACAAAAGCUCCAGUCGAACCUGCGCCUGCCCAGAAACCGGUAGAAACUCAUCAGGCCCGAGUGAGCAGACAUCUGGACCAAGAAAUAAACGUUCACGACCUUCGGGAGAUAGUAACAAUCAGAAGGAAAGAAGGCGUCUUCACUACAGGAGAGGAAACAAGUCAACUUGAAGAGGUUGCACCUGUUCCUAAAAUAGAGAAAGAAAAACCACAAGAGGCAAUUUUGCUAAGCGCAGACAAGUGUCCAACUCAAAUAUCAGAUGAGCAGAUUGUUGAAGUGACAGGUCUUCCUCCUACUGCAGCACUUAGGACACAGAGUCCUUGUCAAGAACCAAAAACAGAAGCGACACAGAUCAAGUGUAAAGUUGCGUCAAAAACCGAAGAAGGCAAAGUCGUCAGCUUGAAGAAAAUUCCACUCAAACCCGCACCGCCCGAGCAGCCGGUAGAAACUCAUCGGGCAGAAGUAAGCGGGCAUCUUGACCGAACGCUCGACGUUCGUGCGCCUAGCGACGGAGAGGCGUGGGAGAUAACAACAAUAGGAAAGAGCGAAUGCGUCUUCGCUGCAGGAGAGGAAACAGGUCAACUUGAAGAGCUCACAGUUGUUCAUAAAAUGGAGAAAGAGACACCGCAAGAGACCAAUUUGCUCAGCACAGAAAAGUGUCAAAGUCAAAUGCCAGAUAAGCAUAUUGUUGACUGUACAGGGUUUCCUCUUACUGAAGGAUUUUGGAAACUUCAAAAACCAAAAACAGUAGCGACACAGAAGACAAAGCGUGAAGUUUCAGCAAAAUCUGAGGUUGUCAGCUUGAAGAAAGUUACUGCGGAACCUGCGUUGGCCGGGAAGCAAGUAGAAACUCAUCAUGCAGAAGUGAGCAGGCCUCUUGACCGAGAACUGGACGUUCACGCGCUUCGCGACAGAGAGGAGCGGGAAAUAAUAAGGACCGAAGGUGUCUUCACAGCGGGAGAGGAAACAAGUCAUAAUGAAGAGGUUGUAGUUGUUUGUGAAAUGGAGAAAGAAAAACCGCAAGAGGAAAAUUUGCUCAGCACAGACAAGUGUCAAAUGCCAGACGAGCUAAUAGAAGCGGAUUCUGUCCAAGUGACAGGUCUUCCACUUACUAAAGGACUUAAGAAACAGAGUCUGCAUCAAAAAACAAAAGCAGUCGCGACACAGGAGAUAAGGCGUGAAGUUUCUUCAAAAACCAAAGACGCUGGGCUCGUCAGCUUGAAGAAAGUGCCAGUCGAACCCGCGUUGGGCGUGAAGCAAGUAAAAACUCGGAAGGUAGAAGCGAGCAGGCAUCUUGAUGGAGAAAUCGAUGUUCACGAGCUUCGUUACAGAGAGGAGCGCGAGAUAAUCACAAUGGGAAGGACCGAACACGUCUUUGCAGCGGAAGAGGAAACGAGUCAACUUGAAAAGAUCGCAGUUGUUCAUAAAAUGGAGAAAGAAAAACCGCAAGAGACAAAUUUGCUAAGAACAGACAAAUGUCAAACUCAAAUGCCAGAUGAGCAGAUGGUUGAAGUGACAGGUCUCCUUCCUAGCGAAGGAAAGAGUCUGCUUCAAAAAACAAAAACAGAAGCGACGCAGAUCGAGUGUAAAGUUGCGUCAAAAAUCGAAGAAGGCGAGGCCCUCAGCUCGAAGAAAGGUCCGAUCAAACCUACGCGGCCCGAGAAACCAGUAAAAACUCAUCAGGCUCGAGCGAGCGGACUUUGUGACCGAGAACUCGACGUUCACGAGCUUCACGACGGAGAGGAGCGGCAGAUAAUGACAAUCGGAAGGACCGAACGUGUUUUCGCAGCGGGACGGGAAACGAGUCAACUUGAAGAGGUUGUAGUUGUUUGUGAAAUGACGAAAGAAAAACCGCGAGAGGAAAAUUUGCUAAGCACAGACAAGUGUCCAACUCAAAUUGUUGACAGGCAGACAGAAGCGGAUUCUGUCAAAGUGACAAGUCUUCCUCUUACCGAAGGACUCGGGAAACAAAGUCCAGUUCAAAAAAGAAAACCAGUAGCGACACAGAAGACGGUGUGCGAAGUUUCACCAAAAUCUGGAAAAGCAGAGUCUCUCAGCUUGAAGAAAGUUCCGGUCGAACUAACGUGGGCCGAGAAGCAAUGGGAAACUCAUCAAGUAGAAGCGAGCCGGCAUCUCGACCGAGAACUCGACGUUCAAGAACUUGGCGACGGAGAGGAGCGGGAGAUAAUAACGGUAGAAAGGACCAAACGCGUCUUCACAACGGGAGCGGAAACAAGUCAACUUGAAGAGAUUGCGGUUGUUCGCGAAAUGGAGAAACCGCAAGAGAAAAAUCUGCUAAGCGCGGAUAUGAAAAAUGUGCUCGCCAAGCAGAUGGAAUAUGAAGCUACCGCAGUGGUCAGACUAGAAGAAGUUUCCCGCAUGCCGAAAGAUGUGGCUCCUCAUAAAGCUGAAGCUGUUAAAGCUGGGGAACAACCGUUAAAUGUUAGGACAAUCCAACCAGAUGCCGGGCCGUAUCGAGGGAUGUCAAAAAGCAGCACCAUCGCUGUAGAGGUACUGGACGUGCGAUCCAAAUUGGAGCGUCCCGAGCCCGACGUGUCUUUAAAGUCAAAAACGAAAGAAGAGCCGCAGACCGUCCGAGUGCAAGAGUUUGGAGAGGAGAAAGCCGGACAUCUCAAAGAAAAGACUUGUACAAGAGGCGGGCCCCUCAAGACCCAUCCGUCCAGCCGUGAUAAAAAGGCCACAAAGUUCGAAGGCGCUACUCCCGCACAUCCGCUUUCUGCUGCGGCAGACAUAGACGAGGAGCGGGUCGAGCCCGAGCCUGAAGUGGAAGCAGAACAAAACAUUUUGGAGAAAAAGCAGAAUCGCAGCGCUAGGGCCAAAACCUCGAAAGAUAUGCAAAAAGGCCAACACGAAGAGGUGGAGGAUCCCGAUGGCGUGGCCGAGAAAGACAACGACAACGUCUCACGCAAACAAACGGACGGCGUUAAGUGUGGCGUUUCGGAAAAGGCUGAAGGUGAGCGUGCCUCGCUCAAAAACUUGAAACGGACAGAGAGCUCGAAACCCGAGUCUCCUGAGCCGGUAGCAAAAGAAAGGCUUGGGAAAAGCGCCUCGGCCUCCCGAGAGGAUGGCGGCUUGCCCCUCGUUAAGGAGGUCUCUCCGAGAGCCGUGCAGGUGAGAAAAGUUCCCACGCGGCUAGAGGAAGAGCAGGUGCCGGAGUUGCCGGCAGAGGACCGGGUCGCCUCCGACGAGGAGAUCUGGACCUGGGAGCCGGUCCCCUCGGAGGAGUGGCCGGCUCGAGGGACGGACGAGGCGCGGGAAACUCCGGGCCCUCCCGAUGACGGCCAACAAGAUGGCAAACCGGCAGAGGAAGCUCCCAAAGGAAGAGGACGAGGAUUUGGCGUGAGACUGACGCCCUCUCCCGGGGACGGCGGCCGAGGUCGGGGCCUGAGGCCCGGCGGAAAAGGCCCCUCGCCUCCGGAGGAACCUUUCGGAGGAUUCAAGCUCAAAGCCGUCCCGCUCAAGUUCAUUAAGAAGCUGGAGGACAUCGUGCUCCAGGAGGCCGAAUCCAUCGGCUCCUCGGCGGUCUUCGAGUGCCAGGUGUCGCCGUCCACCGCCAUCACCACGUGGAUGAAGGACGGGGGCAACCUGCGCGAGGGUCCCAAGUACAAGUUGACGUCCGACGGCAAAGAUCGCAAGAUGAUGGUCAAAGACGUGCAGUUGUCGGACACCGGCGAGUACACCUGCGUCGCCAGGAACGCCGGCAAGGAAAUCACCUGCACCGCCAAACUUAUCGUGGAAGAGCUGCCCGUCAAGUGGAUCAGCGAGUUGGAACCGGAGAUGUCGUGUAGCAAGGGUCAGCCCAUGUACCUGACGUGCGAGCUCAACAAGGAGAGGGACGUCAUUUGGAAACGGGACGGCGUCAAGUUGAAGAAAAAGGCCGGAAAGUUGGCCAUCAAUAUCAUCGGCCUGCAGCAUGCCGUCACCAUACAGAAUGCCGUCGAAGAAGACAGCGGCACCUACUCCUGCGAGGUGGACGCGCCCGACGGCAUCAAGACCGUCACCAACGUCAAAGUCACGGAGGUGAUCAAAGACUGGCUGGUGAAGCCGCUGAGGGACCAGCACGUCAAGCCCAGAUCCAGCGCCACCUUCCGCUGUCAACUUUUCAAGGACACGCCCAACUGGAAGUGGCUGAAGGGCGAGACGGAGCUGACGCCCUCCGACAAAGUGGAGAUCAGCAAAGACGGCGUCAGCAUGCUGCUCACCAUCAACAACUGUCAGCCCGAAGACGUGUCGGAAUAUACCUUUGCGGUGGAGGACCGUAAAUACGUGGCCCAGCUGACUCUGGGAGAGCGCGAGGCGGAGAUCCUGAAACCUCUGGCCAGCAUCGAGGUGGUCGAAAAGGAGGAAGCCAACUUCGACACGGAAAUCUCCGAGGACGACGUCGUCGGAGAGUGGAAACUCCAGGGACAAGUGCUGAGCAGGUCGCCGACAUGUGACAUCAGAGCCGAUGGCAAUAAACGUUUCCUGACCUUGAAGAACGUCCAGCUGGACCAGGCGGGCGAAGUGUCCUACCAGGCCUUAAAUGCCAUCACCAGCGCGGUGCUGACGGUCAAAGAAAUCCCACUGGGCUUUGCGGAACCUCUGAAGGAUGUUUCGGUGCCCGAAAAGAAACAAGCCAAGUUUGAAUGUACCCUCACCAAGGAGGUGUCCAAAGUCAUGUGGUUUAGGGGGACGGAAAUCGUCACCCCGGGCCCCAAAUUCGAAAUCAUCCGCGACGGAAACAAACACAUGCUGAUCAUUAACGGCUGCGAGUUCGACGACGAAUCCGAGUACGCCGUGGAGGUUUCCGAUCUGAAAUCGGCGGCUCGUCUCUCGGUGGAAGGCCUGAGGCUUAAAGUGGUCAGGCGUCUGGAAGACCAGACGGUCAAGGAAGGCAAAACGGCUCGCUUCGAGCUGGAGCUGACUCACGAGGACGUGCCGGUGGUCUGGUACCGAAAUGAGGUCAAGCUCCACGUGAGUCGAACGGUGGUCGCCCACGUCGACGGAAAGAAGCACCUUCUGGAAAUGAAGAUGCUGACGCUGGACGAUACCUGCCAAAUUAAGGCGGAGGCCAAAGGAAUCAGCUCGGUGGCCAAGCUGACGGUCAUAGAGGGCGAUGCCGUAUUUGUGGUGAAACUCCAAGACUGCGGGGCCACCGAGAAAGAGCGGGUCUCGCUGGACUGCGAGCUCAACAAAGACGUCCCCGUGGUCUGGUAUCAUCAAGAGAAGGAGUUGAUCGCUUCCAAGACGGUGCUCGUUAAAUCCGAGGCCACUCGGAGAUCUUUGAUCUUGAGCAAGGUAGAGAAGAGCAGCGGAGGGAAGUAUACCUGCGACUGCGGAACCGACAAGACGGAAGCUCAGCUCACCGUGGAAGCUCGCCAAAUCAAGCUGCUUCGAGCCAUUUACGGCGUGGAGCUCUUUGGCGGAGAAACGGCCCGUUUCGAUGCGGAGAUCUCCGAGGACGACGUCGACGGCUUCUGGACGCUGAACGGACAAGUCUUGACCGCCUCCCCCGAUGUGGACAUCAUCCAAGAGGGAGGCAAACACACGCUGAUCCUCUACAACUGUAAAGUGGCCAUGAGCGGCGAGGUGUCCUACGCCGCCGGCGAGGCCAAAUCUGCCGCAAAUCUCAAGGUCAAAGAGCUUCCGCUCAGCUUCCUGACUCCGCUAAGCGACGUGCACGUGUACGAGAAGGACGAGGCCAAGUUCGAGCUGGAAGUGUCGCGAGAGCCCAAGUCUUUCCGCUGGCUGAAGGGCUCGCUGGAGCUGCCGUGCGACGACGACAAGUACCGGACCGCGCGGGACGGCGGCACCUACGCGCUGCUGAUCCGCUCGGCCGCCUUCGAAGACGAGGCCCAGUACGCCUUCGAGGCCGAAGACAAGAGGACGGCCGCCAAGCUGGUCAUCCGAGGAAUCCGGCUGGAGUUCAUUAAGGCCAUCAAGGACGUGACGGUGAAGGAGCGCGAAACGGCAGAGUUCAGCGUGGAGCUCUCCCACCAGAACAUCCCCGUGGUUUGGUACAAAAACGAGGUGCGGCUUCACCCCGGCAAGGCCGUCCACAUGACGGACGAGGGGACGCUCCACACCUUGGCUCUGAAGGAGGUCGCCCUCGACGACACGGCCAGGAUCAAAGCGGAGGCCGCCGACAAGAGCGUCAGCGCCAUGCUCACCGUCAUCGAGGGCGACGUGUACUUCACCAGGAAGCUGCGGAACUUCACGGCGGUGGAGAAGGACGAAGUGCGGCUGGUGUGCGAACUGAGCAAGGCGGCCGCGGAGGUCAAGUGGUGGAAGGGAGACCAGGAACUGGCGCCGUCCAAGAACGUGGCCGUCGCCGCCGACGGAGCCCGACGAAUUUUGAUCAUCCGCAAAGCCGAGAAGAGCGACGCCGGAGAAUACGCCUGCGACUGCGGCUCCGACCAAACCGCGGCCGAUCUCAAAAUCGAAGAUCGCGACGUCAAGGUGGUGCGCCCCCUGUACAGCGUGGAGGUCACCGAGACGGAAACGGCCAAGUUCGAGCUGGAGCUUUCCGAGGAGGACGUCCGCGGACACUGGAAGCUGAAAGGAGAAGAUUUGCAGCCGUCGGCCGAUGUGGAGAUCAAGGAGGAAGGUAGCAAACACGUUCUGAUCUUGUACAACGUGCGCACGGACAUGGCGGGAGGCGUGGACUUCUCGGCGGCCAACGCCAAAUCCGACGCUCAGCUGCGCGUCAAAGCUCGAGCCAUCGGCCUGCUGCGCCCGUUGAAGGACGUGACCGUGACGGCCGGAGAGACGGCCGCCUUCCAGUGCGAGCUGUCGUACGAGGGCAUAGUCGUGGACUGGUUCCUUGCCGGCAACAAGAUGGAGGCCGGCGAGCGGGUGAAGAUGCUCGCGGAUGGGCGAAUUCACACUCUGACGGUUCGGGACGUGAAGCUGUCGGAAGCGGGCCCGGUCAAGUUGACCGCCAAGGAUUUCCAGACUCAGGCCAAGCUCUCGGUCAACGAACCGGCGGUGGAGUUCACCCGGCCUCUGGAGGACCUGACGGUGGAGGAGGAGGCCAGCGCUACGCUGGAGUGCGAGGUCACCAGAGAGAACGCUGUGGUCUGCUGGUUUAAGUUGGGACAGGAAAUCCACAAGACCAAGAAAUACGACGUGAUCGUCGAGGGUCGCAAAAGGGCACUGGUCAUCCACGAAUGCAACCUGGAUGACAUCCAGACGUACACGUGCGACGCCCGGGACUUCAAGACUUCCUGCUUCCUCGACGUCAUACCGCCUCGCGUGGAGUUCCUCAAGCCUCUGCGAGAUGUGGAGGUCAGAGAGAAAGAAUCCGCCCAGUUCGAAUGUCAAGUGUCGCGCGAGUCCGCCAAGGUUUGCUGGUUCAGGGACGGCCGCGAGAUAAGGAAAGGGAAGAAGUAUGAGAUUCUGGCCAAGGGCCUCGACAGGAUCCUGAUCAUUCACAAGUCUGUUAUGGAUGACGAGGCGGAAUACGAAUGCGACGCCAGGACGGCUAAGAGCUCCGGCAUGCUGACCGUCAUCGAGGAGGCCGCCAGGUUCACCAAGAACCUUUGCAAUGUGGAGGGCACAGAGACGGACAGCGUUAAGCUGAUCUGCGAGGUGUCCAAGCCUGGAGCGGAGGUGACCUGGUACCAAGGAGACAGGGAGCUGCCAGAGGGCGGCCGCUACGAGCAGAUCUCGGACGGUCGCAAGCGGAUCCUGAUCAUCCAAGACUUGAGGAUGGAGGAUGCCGGAGAAUACAACUGCAGACUCGGCCCCGGCGUCAAGACCAGUGCCGUCCUGAAACUGAACGAGCUGGCGGCGGAGUUCAUCGCUAGGCCGCAGAAUCAGGAAGUGGUGGAAGGGGAGGAGGCCGAGUUCGUCUGCUCGGUCUCCAAAGAAACCUACGAGGUGAAGUGGUUCCGAGGGGAGGAGGAAGUGGCAAGCGGGGACAAAUACAGAAUUGUCAGCGAGGGAAAGCGACGAGCUCUCGUGGUGAAAAACUGCGAGCUGAAGGACGAGGGAGGUUACGCGGUCCUCAUCGGCGGCGUUCGAGCCACGGCCGAUCUCUUUGUGAUCGAAAAUCUGAGGAUCGUCACGCCCAUCAGAGACACGGAAGUUAAAGAGGGAAGCGAGAUCAUCUUCAACUGCGAGACCAACGCGGAGGGAGCCAAGGCCAAGUGGAUGAAAAACCAGGAGACCAUAUUUGAGAGCGGCAAGUACAUGCUGGCUCAGAGGGACAACGUCUUUUCCCUGAGAAUUCGGGACGCCCGCAAGGCCGAUGAGGCGGAAUACACCGUCGGCCUGACCAAUCACAGAGGAGAGCAUGCCAAGUGCUCUGCCCGUGCUAAAGUCACAGAGGAGAAGCUGAAAUUCCUGGUACCCAUCGAGGACAUCGAAACUCAGGAGAAACAAACCGUCACUUUUACCUGCAAAGUCAAUCGAACCCAGUCCACUGUCAGGUGGUCGAAGGGCGGCCAGGAGGUCCGACUCAGCAAACGCGUGGUCUACAGAAGCGACGGACUCAACCACGCGCUGACCAUAAAGGACUGCGUCAUGGAAGACGAGGGCGAGUAUAGCGCCGAGGUCGGAGAAGACAGGUGCGCCGCCGAACUGAUCAUUAGCGAGGCGCCCACGGACUUCACCGCUCAGCUCAAAGACCAGACCGUCAUUGAGUUUGAGGACGGCGAAUUCACCUGCGAGCUGUCCAAAGAGAAGGCCGCCGUCAAGUGGUACAGGAACGGCCGAGAGAUUCGAGAAGGGCCCAGGUAUCGCCUAGAGAGAGACGGGAAGACGUGCAGACUAGUCGUCAAGGAAUGCAGACCGGAUGAUGAAUGUGAAUACGCCUGCGGCGUAGAGGACAGGAGGACCAGAGCGAGGCUAUUUGUGGAAGAAAUCCCGGUGGAGAUCAUCAGACCGCCUCGGGACACUCUGGAGCCUCCGGGUUCGGACGUGGUGUUCGAGGCAGAGCUCAACAAAGACAGAGUGGAGGUGAAGUGGAUGAGAAACAACAUGAUCAUCGUCCAGGGAGACAAGUACCAGAUGAUUAGCGAGGGGAAAGUUCAUAGACUGCAGGUUUGUGAGAUCCGACCUCGAGAUCAGGGCCAGUACAGGAUUGUCGUCAAAGACAAAGAUGCUCGAGCCAAGCUGGAGCUAGCGGCUCCUCCAAAGAUUAAAACGACAGACCAGAACCUAACAACGGAUGCCGGCAAGCCCUUCGUCAUCACAGUUUCCUACGACGCCUACCCUCGCGCCGACGUAGAGUGGUUUUUCGGUGGCUCCGGUCUACCCGUUCAGAACAUCGACACUUCGGUCGACAAGACUGCGUACCGUCUUAAAAGCCCAAGCAAGGAAGACCAGGGCAAGUACAAGGUGGUCAUCAAAAACAAGCACGGGGAGGGAGAGGCCUUCAUUCAACUUGAUGUGAUCGAUGUGCCCGGACCGGUCAAGAACCUGAAAGUGACAGACACCGCGGACGGUGAAGUCAGUUUGGCCUGGGAAGAGCCCGAGAGUGACGGCGGGAGCAAAAUUACAUCGUAUACGGUAGAAAGGCGCGACGUCAAGCGCAAGGCCUGGACGGUGGCGACGGAACGCGCCGACGUGCCCGAGUAUUGUGUCGGAGGCCUCCAAAAGGACUGCUGGUACCUGUUCAGAGUCUGCGCCAGAAAUCGCGUCGGGAGCGGGCCCCACGUCGUCACGGACGACGCCGUUCUGGCCAAGAAUAAAUUUGAUGUUCCGGACGCUCCGGAAAAUGUAGCCGUCGGUAUCGUGAACAGAUUCGGAGCCACCGUCACUUGGGAGCCUCCCAAAUUUGAUGGAGGCUCAGAGAUCACGGGCUACGUGAUCGAACUCCGCGACAGAACCUCCGUCAAGUGGGAGGCGUCCGUCUUCUGCGGAGCCGACGAGGGCUCCGCCUGUUUGAACGACGUGGUGGAAAACAAGGAGUACAUCUUCAGAGCGCGAGCUGAGAACAAGGCCGGAAUGGGCAAACCCAGCGCCGCCACCAAACCGGUCAAGAUCAUGGAUCCCAUCGAGAGACCCGGUCCCCCUCUCAACCUGAACUUCAACGACCAAACCAAGGAGGCCGUCACGCUCACCUGGGAGACGCCCGCCAGCAACGGCGGCAGUAUGAUCACCGGCUACAUCGUGGAGAAGUGGGAGGACGGCGCGGACAAGUGGCUUCGCUGCAAUGCUAGACUGUGUCCGGACCUCUCCUACCGGGUGUCCGGACUGAAGCAGGGUUGUAAGUACCUUUACAGAGUCUUCGCCGAAAACGCUGCCGGAAUCUCCGAUCCGGCCGAGCGACUCGGCCCGCUCCUCGCCGACGACCCUCACGUCGGCCCGACCUUUGACCUGGGAGCCUUCAGGAAUGGCUUGGAAGUCAUUGUCCCUCAGCCUCUCACCAUCAGAGUGCCCAUCACCGGAUACCCCACCCCCGUCCCCAAAUGGACCUUUGAAGAGAAGGAGCUGACGACGGCGGACGAGCGCGUCUCCGUGGUCACCAAGCCAUCGUUCGCCGAGCUGAGAGUAAUGCCCAGCGUCCGUCCGGACAAAGGAACCUACAGCCUGCAGCUAGAAAACGAUGUGUCCUCCGUCUCCGGAGAGAUUGACGUCAACGUCAUCGCGUGCCCCAGUGCACCGAAAGACUUCAAGGUGGCUGAGGUAACCAGGCAUCACGUCCACUUGAUGUGGGAGACUCCUGAGCAUGACGGAGGAAGCCCCGUCACUCAUUACCAGAUCGAGAAGAGGGAAGUGUCUCGCAAGACCUGGGCCAAGGUGGCCACAGGAGUCCUGGACCUGGAGCAUACUGUGACGGACGUCAUCGAAGGGAAGGAAUAUCUGUUCAGUGUCACCGCCUGCAAUAAAUGUGGACCGGGGGAGCCAGCCUACAUCGAGGAACCCGUCAACGUCUCGUCUCCCGCCACUGCACCCGAUCCUCCCGAGAAUCUGAAGUGGCGUGACAAGAGCAGCAAGGGCAUCUUCCUGUCCUGGGAGCCUCCAAAAUAUGACGGUGGCUCCCAGAUUAAAGGCUACGUGGUGGAUAAGUGUCAACGUGGAACCGACAAGUGGGAACCCUGCUCCGAUCCUGUUCCUGAGCUGAAGUUUCAGGUGACCGGUCUGAUUGAGGGACAGUGGUACGCCUACAGAGUCCGAGCAGUCAAUAAGUUAGGAGCCAGUCGACCAUGCAGGGCUACCGAUGACAUACAAGCUGUCGAUGCUAAAGAACCCCCGGAGAUUCAGCUGGAUGUGAAGCUGCUAGCGGGUCUCACCGCCAGAGCCGGCAGCAAAAUCGAACUCCCCGCCGAUGUCAAGGGCAAGCCGGAUCCCCGCGUCAAAUGGACCAAGGCCGACCUGGUCCUGCGGGCCGACGACCGCGUCGUCAUCGACACGCGGCCGGGACACUCCAAGUUGUCCGUGGCCAACACGACCAGAGGCGACAGCGCCACCUACAUCAUCGAAGCCGUCAACACUUGCGGACGCGCGACCGCGACCGUCGACGUCAACAUUCUCGACAAGCCAGGUCCACCCGCCGCCUUUGACAUCUCCGAAAUCACCAACGAGUCGUGCCUGCUGGCCUGGAAUCCUCCGAGGGACGACGGCGGUUCACCUGUGACCAACUACGUUGUGGAGAGUCGCAAGAGUGACAAAGAAGAGUGGACCAAGCUGUCGGCCACUGUUAAGUACACCACGUUCAAAGCUUGCAAGCUGGUCGCCCUUUCGGAGUACGUCUUCAGGAUCAGUGCCGAAAACCAGUACGGUGUCGGAGAACCUGCCGAGCACGUGCCCGUCGUCGCAAAGUAUUCCUUCGAUCCUCCGGGCCCUCCGGGUAGAGUCAUUCCCUCAGACAUUAACAAGGAAGCCGUUACUCUCAACUGGCUGGAGCCGGACGAGGACGGCGGCAGCCCCAUCACCGGUUACUGGGUGGAGAAAUUUGAUCCGGAGAGCGACAAAUGGAUCCGAUGCAACAAGCUGCCCAUCAAAGACACCGCCUACAGAGUCAAAGGACUCCCUUCAAAGAAGAAGUGCCGCUUCAGGGUCCUGGCCGAAAAUCUCGCCGGAGCCGGGAAACCCAGCGCAGAAACUGACCCGGUCCUAAUCAAAGACCCCAUCGAUCCUCCGUGGGCCCCCGGCAAACCCGCGGUCCGUGACGUGGGCAAGACCUCGGUCCUGCUGGCCUGGACCAGGCCCGAGCAUGACGGCGGAGCAAAGAUUGAAGGCUACGUGGUCGAGUUCCAGAAAACGGGAAGCGAGGAGUGGAUCCGCAUCGCCGAGGACGUUCCCCAGACCGAACACCAGCUAAAGGGCUUGAUGGAGAAGCAGGAGUACGCCUUCCGGGUCAAGGCUGUCAACAAGGCUGGCGAGAGUGAACCCAGCGAACCCUGUGACCCCGUGGUCUGCAAGGAGAGACUCUACCCCCCUUCUGCACCUCAGUGGCUGGACGUGGCUAACAUCACCAAGAUCAACGCCGAUCUGAAAUGGCAGGCGCCCAGCAACGACGGCGGCUCGCCCAUCACCAACUAUGUGGUGGAGAAGAGGGAUGUGCGGCGCAAGGCUUGGCAAACUGUGGACACCACCGUAAAGGAUCUGAAAUACACGGUGACGCCACUCAAUGAAGGUUCGCUCUACGUGUUCCGCGUGGCCGCGGAAAAUGCAGCGGGCCUGGGCGAGUUCUGCGAGCUGGAAGACGCCGUGCUCGCGAAAGACACCUUCACUACUCCCGGACCUCCCUACGCCCUGUCCGUAGUGGAGGUCACCAAGAGACACGUGGAGCUUAAAUGGGAAGCCCCAAAGAGUCACGGCGGAAGACCUAUCACCAGGUACGUCAUCGAGAAGAAGGACAAACUGGGAAGUCGUUGGUUGAAGUGCUGCAAGACUCCGGACAAAGAAACUCAGUUCAAAGUAACCGAUGUGGAUGAGGGCUCGGAGGUGCAGUUCCAAGUGCGUGCAGAGAAUGAGGCGGGAGUCGGAGAAGCCAGCGAACCCACAGAGAUCCUGGCCAUCGAAGAUCCCACCAGCGCGCCGUCUCCUCCCUUGGAGGUGAGCGUCCCAGAUAGUGGCAGGGAGCACAUCAACGUCGCCUGGAAGCCGCCGGCCAAGGACGGCGGCUGCCCGAUCGCCGGCUACCACGUGGAGGUGGCCGAAGCCCGACCGGAGCUCAAGUGGCUCAGGGUGACCAACAGACCCGUCAAAGACCUUAAGUUUAAGAUCGAUGACGGAAUCAAACCGGAGAAGAAGUACGUCGUUAGAGUUCGGGCCGUUAACGCCGUCGGCGUGAGCGAUCCCUCGGAGAUCUCCGACAAGGUUUCUACCAAGGAUCCGGACUGUUCCCCGACCGUAGAGUUGGACACUCAGGACGUGGUGGUGACAGAGGGAGAGAAGUUGAACCUGAAAGUUCCCUACAAGGGCAUCCCCAUGCCGCAAAUGCUUUGGCAUAAGGACACAGCGGAAUGCCAGAAAAGUGAGCGCCUGUCCACGACGCUGGAGAUGAACAGCGCUCACCUGGAGCUGCUCAGAUGCACGCGUGCCGACGCCGGCAUCUACGCCGUCACUCUGGAAAACGGUCUGGGGAGCGCCAGCGGAAACAUCAAUGUCAAAGUCAUCGGGCUUCCCGGUCGGUGUAAAGACAUCAGCUCUAGCGAUGUCACAAAGAACUCCUGCAAGAUCAGCUGGGAAGUUCCCGAAGACGACGGCGGGACGCCGGUUCUCAGUUACACGCUGGAGCGUCGCGAGGCCUCCAAAAAGACCUACGUACCCAUCACGUCGGGAGAGAACGUUCUGAGCCGUACGGUCAAAGACUUGUACGUCAAUUGCGAGUAUUACUUCCGAGUCAAGGCUGUCAACAAAGUGGGUGCUGGAGAAUAUCUGGAGUUGCGAAACCCCGUGGUUAUAGAGGAGAUCAAGCAGAAACCGGACCCGCCCGUCCAAGUGGAAGCCCGAGAACCCAACUCCAAAUCCGUCACCGUCACUUGGAAAGCUCCCGAUUACGACGGAGGCUGCCCCAUUCUAGGCUACGUGGUGGAGAAGAUGGAGAAGGACGGCGACCGCUACGAGAGGGUGACCCCGAGCUCGGUCCCCGGGUUCUCCUACGUGGUGACGGGUCUAAAGGAGGACGCGGAAUAUCAGUUCCGGGUCCGUGCCGAGAACGCCGCCGGAAUCAGCGAACCCUCGCGAAGCUCGCAACCCGUCAGGGCCGCCGACCCCGUCGAAAAACCCACUGUCAGCUUGCAUGCCCGCGUGCAGUCUGGUUUGUGCAUUAAGAAGGGUGAGGAGAUCCGCAUCGACGCAAACAUCUCGGGCUCGCCUUACCCCAAGGUUACCUGGAUGAGGAACAAUGAAGACGUCACCAAAGAGCCCGCCAAGAAGGUCGUCCCGCUGGUGAAGAAGAAGACCAAGGCCAAGAUGUCGGAAAUGAAGGAAGAGUUUGUGACGCCGCUGCGCGAGCGCCUGGGUUUGGACCAGACAAAGAAGGGUCACUCGGCGCUGAUGAUCCGAGAGGCCGUCAGAGCGGACCACGGCGAAUUCACCGUCCGGGUGGAAAACACUCACGGCGUGGCCUCCGCCUCGUGCGUGGUCAACGUCCUCGACAAACCGGGUCCACCCAUCAACUUGACCUUCGACGACAUCAGGAACACCUCGGUGCUGUGCAACUGGGAGCCUCCCGAGGACGACGGCGGCAGCGAAAUACUCAACUACAUCCUGGAGAAAAAAGAUAACAAAAACGACAAUAUCGGCUGGAUCACCGUCACGUCCACCUCCAAGGGUACCGGCUUCCCCGUCACCAAGCUGAUCGAAGGGAAGGAGUAUGUCUUCAGAGUUACCGCCGAGAACAAAUUUGGAUGCGGACCACCGCAUGUUUCGGAACCGCUAGUAGCCAAGAACCAGUUUGAUCCUCCCGAUGCGCCCAAUACUCCUAGAGUUCACGAAGUGACGGCGAGCUCCGCCCAUAUUUCUUGGCACGAGCCGAAGGACAACGGUAGUCCUAUUCUGGGCUACUGGAUCGAGAGAAAGGAAGUGAACAGCAAACAUUGGACUCGCGUCAACCGCCUCCUCCUCAACUCUCUGGAGGUAAAAGCCAGUGGGCUGAUGGAGGGACUGACCUACAUCUUCAGGGUGUGUGCCGAGAACCUGGCCGGACCCGGACCUUUCAGCGAGCCCACGGAUCGCAUCGUUGCCAUGGACGCCAUCCUUCCCCCCGGUCCUCCGACACCGUGGAUCGUGGACACGGGGAAAGAUUCCAUCAUCGUGGCGUGGAAGCCGCCUUUGUACAACGGAGGAGGAGACAUCCUGGGCUACCACGUUGAGAAGGUGGUUGCCGGUGAGAAGAAUUGGACUCGCAGCACAGAGUUCAGGUGCAAGGAGCUGACCUACACAGUCACGGGUCUGACCGAAGGAACCGAUUACUACAUUCGAGUUAUCGCCGUCAACGACGCUGGUCCCGGAGCUCCCGGGGUGACGGACCCUGUUACCGUCAAGGAGCCUCAGGAACCUCCCGCCGUAGACUUUGACGACUCAGUGAAAAACGGCGUCGUUAUCAAAGCCGGCGAGUCGCUGAAACUUCCCGCCGUGGUGAUUGGCCGCCCGCAGCCCCAGGUCACGUGGGCCAAAGACGACGGGGAAAUUGACAAGGAGAGGAUGCUUGUGGAGACGGACGGUAAGAACAGCAGUCUCUGCAUCAAGAAGGCAGUAAGGGCGGACCACGGCAAGUACCGGAUUUCCGGCACCAACAGCAGCGGAACGAAAAGUGCCGAAACCAAAGUGGACGUCAUGGAUGUCCCGGGACCGGUUGUCGACUUGAAGACGGUGACGGUGACCAAGAAGAACAUCGCCUUGACCUGGUCUGAGCCGUCAGACGACGGCGGCAGCGACAUCAUCGGCUACGAGGUCCUGAGAAAGGACGCAAAGAUGAAGCUCUUCCGCCAGCCCGUGGAGGUGGCGUCCUGCAAGUGCGACGUACACGGACUGCUGGCGGGAGAGGAGUACGACUUUAGGGUGAUCGCCAGAAAUAAGUACGGAGACGGCGCUCCGGCUGACCUCGGCCCAAUUCUGGCCGAAGAUCCCAAAGGUACACCGUCGGCCCCCGAAAAGUUGCGUUACACCGACAGAAGCAAGAAUACCGUCACGCUGGCCUGGCAUCCGCCGCGCAGCGACGGCGGCAGCCCCGUCAUCGGCUACUACGUGGAGAAGAUGCGAUCCGACGCUAACGAGUUUGAAGCGGCCAACCGCAAGAUCUUCAGCAAGUGCCACGGCGUCAUCGAGAACCUGUCGGAGAACCAGGAGUACGAGUUCCGAGUCAAAGCCGUGAAUGAGGUCGGACACGGCGUCCCGUCCAAGCCCAUCUCUGCCAAGAUUCAAGAUGACGAAAUUCCACCGACGAUUACAAUUCUUAAGUACUUCAAGAGUAACGCCAUCAUUGUGAAGAAAGGCUCUGCCAUUGACAUCCCAGCAGAGGUGAAGGGACUUCCUCUUCCCAUAAUCACGUGGAUGAAGGAUGACGAAGCCAUGGAUAAAUGUGACAAAGAAAGGAUAACGAUGGAAACUGAGGAGGUGGAUCGCACAACGUUGAGAACAAGCAUCACCCUGCCGGAAACCGUCAGACAGGACAAAGGCAAUUACAAACUCGUGGCUGAAAACUGCAACGGCAAAGCUCAGCACGUCAUCCGCGUCGAGAUCCUCGACCGCCCUCUGCCCCCGAGGAACAUUGUAGUCUCUGACAUCAAGGUGGACUCCUGCUACCUGACCUGGGAUGCCCCAGAAGACAACGGAGGCAGCGAAAUCACCAACUAUGUGGUGGAACGCAGAGAUGCCAGCAAGAAGAAAUCAGACUUUGAGGCGGUUACCUCCAACCUCAUCGACCGUCGAUACGGGAUUUACAAACUGAAUACGAACGGCCACUACCAGUUCCGAAUCAGGGCGGAGAACAAAUACGGUGUCAGCGAUGGCUGCGACUCUGAGAAAGUAGAACUGAAGGAUCCCUUCGGCCUCCCUGGACCUCCACGCAACCCCAAGAUCAUCGCCGCCACAUCUAACACCAUGACUCUGACCUGGGAUCCUCCGCUGGACAACGGCGGCUCCACCAUUCAAGGGUACUGGCUGGAGAAGAGGGAACGCGGAGCUGUUUACUGGGGUCGCGUUAAUCGCUGCCCGGCCACCAAACCAGCUGUGAAGGCCCUGCAGUACACUGUUCUCAAGCUCAUUGAAGGAACAGAAUACCAGUUUAGGGUGGCAGCCAGUAACGCCGCAGGGGUCGGGCCUCCCAGCGAGUCCACAGAGUGCCGCUUCGCUGUGGAUCCGUGCAGCCCCCCUACAGCGCCCGGAUCCCCCGAGGUCAAGGACAAGACCAAGAACAGUGUCACGCUCGCCUGGAGUCCGCCAGAUAGGGAUGGCGGUAGCCCCGUUAAGGGCUACAUCAUUGAGGUCCACGAAGAGGGGUCCCCCGAUUGGAGAAGGGUGAAUCCCGCCGACAAACUCCACCCGUCUGCUGAGAUAACCGUGCCUGACCUGAAGGAGGGCAAAAAGUGCAAGUUCAGGAUCUACGCCGUGAAUGCUGCUGGCAAUUCAGAGCCCGCCAGGACUGCUGACAUACUUGUUCAGGACAUCCUAGUGGAACCGACAGUGUCUCUGGACGUGAGCGCACAUGACCUGCUCAACUGCAGGGCCGGAACCGCCAUAAGGAUCCCCGCCACCGUCACUGGACGUCCAGUGCCUAAGGUCACCUGGACCUUCGAAGGAACGGCCGAGACCGAGAAGAAAAAGGAUAUUCACACGCUUCCCGUUGACUCUGAGAUUCAUUCCUCCGACACAACCUCGGUGGUCCUCAUUCCUGAGAGCAAAAUGAGCCACGGUGGCCGCUACAUCAUCAAUGCAGAGAGCCCUGCCGGACACAAAGUAGUCAAAGUGCGAGUCAACGUCCUUGACCUUCCGGGGCCUCCUCGAGACCUGAAGGUGAGCGACGUGACCAGAGGCACUUGCCGACUCACCUGGAAACCUCCAGAGAGCGACGGUGGAGAAAGGGUGAAGAGCUACUUCAUUGAGAAGAAGACGGUGACUGGAAAAGCCUGGACAAAGGUAAAUCAGUCCUGCGCCACGCAGUCUCUGGUAGUGCCAGACCUCAUCGAGGGCCAGGAAUACAUCUUCCGUGUCCGCGCCGAAAACCGUUUUGGUUUGGGACCCUUUGUGGAGACCGCUGAGGGAACCAGGGCGAGAGAUCCUAUCAAUCCCCCAGAUCCACCGACCAGACUGAAGAUCGAGUCUGUGAGGAGGGGCACGGUGAACCUCACGUGGAAGGCGCCGAAAAAUGACGGCGGAUCACCUGUCACUCAUUACAGUGUGGACCUCCUCUGCUGGGAUGUCAGUGGCACACAGAAAGAGUCCUGGAGGAGGUGUAACAGGAGAGAUAUUGACAGCACAAGAUUCAAGGUGGAGGACCUUACAGAGGGAGACGAGUACGAGUUCAGGGUGGUUGCCUACAACCAUGCCGGUGCCAGCCGACCUUCAACCACCGUCGGGCCCAUUCUGGUUCAGGACCAAACCUGCGCUCCUUCCAUUGAGCUGAAGGAGUUCAUGGAAGCGGAGCAAGGCCAAGACAUCAGCAUCGUGGCCAGGAUACGCGGCUGCCCGUUCCCCACGCUCACUUGGUACAAGGCGCCUCCCCACAAGUCUGACCACAAGGCGGAGGUGUGCUACGACGAGCACAUCAACAAGAUGGUUUCCGACGAUAGCUGCACACUAAUGAUACAGCAAGGCAAACGGCCGGACACCGGCCUUUACACUCUCGUGGCUUCCAACAGCCUGGGAAAAGCCUCCAGGGAAAUGAGGCUGAACGUGCUCGGUCGUCCCGGUCCUCCCUCUGCUCCCAUUAAGUUUGAGGAGAUCGGGGCAGAGAGGAUCACGCUUUCCUGGCUGCCGCCCAAGGAUGACGGGGGCUCCAAAGUCACCAAUUAUGUCAUCUGGAGGCGCGUGGCAAACAGGAAGACCUGGGUACCGGUCACCAGCGAACCCAAAGAACGCACCUGGACAGUGGAGAACCUGAUGGAGGGCCACGAGUAUGUUUUCCGCAUCAUGGCCCAGAACAAGUACGGUGUGGGCGAACCGCUAGACAGUGAACCGGAGGUGGCCAGAAAUCGCUACAGUGUUCCGGGCCAAUGCGAGAAGCCCACCGUGUCCGGCAUAACUCUGGACUCCAUGACCGUAAACUGGGAGGAGCCCGAGGAUGACGGCGGCUCCCCAAUCAACGGUUAUUGGUUGGAGCGCAAGGAGACCACAGGGAAGCGCUGGGUCCGUGUCACACGCGACCCUAUCCGCCCCAUGGGGCUGGGGGAAUCCUUUACAGUAAGCGGACUCAUCGAGGGCUCGGAGUACCUCUUCAGAGUCACGGCCCUCAAUGCCGCGGGACCCGGACUCCCCAGCGUCCCGACCGAUCCCGUCUUUGCCAGAGACCCUAUUUCCCCACCCUCUCCUCCAACGCCAAAGGUUUCCGAUUGGACUAGAACCACCGUGGAUCUGGAAUGGAUCCCGCCACUUAAGGAUGGAGGAUCGACCAUUAUCGGCUACUGGGUGGAGUACAGGGAGGAAGGCACUGAGGCCUGGGUCAAGGCCAAGGAGACUGAAAUCCGUGGCACCCGCUUCGUGGUAGCUGGUCUGAAGACCGGCAGCCAGUACAAGUUCAGGGUUACGGCAUUCAACCUCGCCGGUAUGAGUGAACCAGGCGAAGUCCCUGAGGCCCUGGAGGUCAAUGACAGAAGCGUUCCCCCAGAGGUUGAUUUGGAUGCUUCGGUGAAGGAACGGAUGGUGGUCAAGGCUGGCGGGGUGAUCCGGAUCAUCUGUUACGUGUCGGGUCAGCCGCCACCAGAAGUCACCUGGAGCAGGGACAGCACAGCACUUCCCCUUGAAGCCAAGGUGGAGACGACAGCCAUCAGCUCGUCUUUGGUAAUCAAACCGUGUACCAGGAGGCAUCUUGGCAUCUACACGGUGACUGCCAAGAAUGCCGCCGGGGAAAAGAAGAAAAACAUCACUGUGGAAGUUCUGGAUGUUCCCGGGCCCGUCGGCAUCCCCAUGAUUGCGGAGAACUUGAGCAACGAUUCCUGCAAGAUCAACUGGUUCUUCCCGGAAAACGACGGCGGGUCCCCUAUUAGCAACUACGUGAUCGAGAAGCGCGAAGCGGAGCGGAAGGCCUGGACCUCGCUCUCGUUCACCGCUAGCAGACAGAACGCCGUGGCUACUGGCCUCAUCUCGGGCAAGGCGUACUUCUUCCGAGUUGCCGCGGAAAACGCCAUCGGCGUCGGACCGUUCAUGGAGACGGCGUCCGAGCUCGUCAUCAGGGAACCGUUGAGUGUGCCAGACCGACCCGAAGAGCUGGAGGUGAGCAAGGUCACCAAAGAUUUGAUCAGCGUGACGUGGAAAGCGCCCAAGUUUGACGGGGGCUCCGAGAUCAUCAUGUACAUUCUGGAGGCUCGUAUGAUCGGUAAAGACAAGUUUACUCGGUUGACCAAAGAGAAGCUGAUGGAGAGGAAAUACACUUUUGACGGACUGAGGGAGGGCGACUCCUACGAGUUCCGGGUCAGCGCCGUCAACGAGGUCGGGACGGGCAAGCCGUCCUUCUGCUCCAAACCGGUCACCUGCAGGGACGAACUCGAGCCCCCAACUAUCGAGCUAGACUUCCGCGACAAACUCAUAGUCCGCGUGGGCGAGAGCUUCCUGCUGCAGGGUCGCUACACCGGAAAGCCUUCGCCCUCCAUUGUGUGGUACCGGGACGAGGAGGAGCUGAAGGCUGACAAGCACGUCAUGUUCAAGAACACGCUCAACACCAUGUCGCUGGGAGUAAUGAAGGCGCAGCGCCACCACAGUGGCCGAUACAUGGUGGUGGUGGAGAACAGCACCGGUUCCAGGAAGGGAGUUUGCAAUGUCACUGUCGUCGACCGUCCAUCUCCUCCCGUGGGUCCGGUUGUCUUUGAUGAGGUGCACCGGGAGUACAUGAUCAUUUCUUGGAAACCUCCUCUGGACAGCGGUGGCGUUGAGAUCUCCAACUACAUCAUUGAGAAGAGAGACGCCAACAGAGAAAUGUGGAACACUGUCACUUCAGCAAAUACUAAGACAACGUGCAAGAUCCCUAAGCUAACAGAGGGCAGGGAGUACAUCAUGAGGAUCUCUGCUGAGAACAUGUACGGUAUCAGUGACCCACUGGAGUCUGAGGAGAUGAGAGCCAAAGAUCUCUUCAGAGUCCCAGAGGCCCCCGAGAUGCCAACUGUCAGGGAGGUGUACUCUACCAACGCACUGGUGCUCUGGAACAGGCCCCGUGAUGGAGGAAAGCCCAUCACUAAUUAUAUCCUGGAGAAGAAGGAGCCUGCUGCCAAGAGAUGGUCAAGAGCAACGAGAGAACCUUUGUACCCUGCUACUCAGUAUAGAGUCCAGGACCUAGUGGAGGGCUGCGAAUACGAGUUCCGCGUGAUGGCUGAAAAUGAGCUGGGAACCGGCGACCCCAGCGUCCCCUCGAAGCCCGUCCUUGCCAAAGAUCCCAUCGUGAGGCCCAGUCCUCCGGUGACUCCGGAGGCCUACGACAAGACAAAAGACUCCGUUAGUCUCCGGUGGCAGAUGCCCCGCCACGAUGGAAAAGGAAGGAUAUUGGGCUAUCUGGUGGAGUACCAGAAGCCGGGUUCCAUUGAGUGGAUUCAGGCUAACGAGCGUCCGGACCAGUGUCCUGACCUGCACUAUGUCGUGACGGGUCUGCACGACGGCCAAGAGUACGCCUUCAGGAUCUACACCGUUAACGCUGCGGGCAAAUCCGACCCGGCCCACGUCAAACAGACCGUCAAGGUCCACGACAGACUGGAGGCGCCUGAGUUGCUGCUGGACGCCAACAUGGCGCGUGACCAUUUGGCCAUGCUGGGCACCGACAUCACCUUGAGCGCCACCAUCAAGGGCGUGCCCGCGCCUGCCGUCAGCUGGAAGAAAAACGAUGGCGACUUACCGGAUCAUGUCACCAUGGCUGUCACGCCUGCCAACAGUAAAGUCUUCAUCUCCAAGUGUGUUCGCGCCGACUCUGGCAACUACACUCUCACGGUGGAAAACGCCGCUGGCAAGAAAACAGCCACAGUUGCCGUUCUGGUUCUGAACAAACCCUCGCCUCCGAGAGACUUGGCGGUCUCCGAGGUGACCAGCGAGUCUGCCUACCUGACUUGGAAAGUUCCGGAGGACAACGGCGGUGCCGUCAUCUCUCAUUACGUGGUGGAAAAGAAGGACGUGGCCGCUGAGCAGUGGGUCCCUGUUUCGGCAGCCAAUAAGAAGCGCAGUUUGAUGGCCAUGUAUCUGAUGGAAGGAAUCCAGUACCUUUUCCGAGUGGCGGCGGAAAACCAGUUUGGCAGAAGCGACUACGUUGUCACAAAGACUCCUAUCAAGGCUGUCGAUCCUCUGUAUCCACCCGGCCCCCCCAAGAACUUACACCACACUGAUGCAGACAAGACCGAGGUGUGGUUAGCGUGGGAGUGGCCCGAUCGCACCGGCGGAAGCGAGAUCACCGGCUUUGUCAUCGAGCACCAGGAAGAGAGUCAGGCCGACUGGGUGCCCUUCAAGACAGUCGGCGGCAAUCAUGCACAUGUCACCGGUCUGACGGAAGGCAAGACCUAUCGCUUCCGGGCGAUGGCUCAGAACGCCAUCGGCCUGAGUCGUCCCGACACAAGCGUUCCCGUCACCUGCCAGGAAAAGACCGUACCGCCCCUCAUCGAAGUGGACGUGAAGCUCAUUGAGGGUCUGGAUGUGAAGGCGGGCAGCAAAAUUGUCCUCCCUGCCAAGAUGAAGGGUAUCCCCAUCCCCACUGCCAAGUGGAUGACUGAUGGCAAGGAAAUUGUGUCAGAAGGUCACUAUAAUAUCGAAUCCGGCGGAGACAGCACCGUCCUCACCAUCCCAGAGUGCACGCGAGGUGACACGGGGGAGUACAGCCUCACCGUGUCCAACCCCGCGGGCAGUAAGACCGUGGCUCUCCACGUCACCGUGCUGGAUCUUCCGGGGGCGCCCGUCGGACCCAUCAACAUCUUAGAAGUAACCCCCGAUCACAUGAUGAUCCAAUGGAGGCCCCCCAAGGACGACGGCGGUACGCCCGUCACCAACUACGUGGUUGAAAAGAAGGACGUCAAGAAACCGUGGGAGCCGUGGUCCGUGGUGAGUUCCAGCGGGAUCGGCACCAAAGCCAAGGUGUCACGCUUGGAAAAGGGUCGCGAGUACAUCGUUCGUAUCCGCGCUGAGAACAAGAUCGGAAUCGGCGCCGGACUCGAGAGUCCUCCUACUAUCGCCAAGCACAUGUUCAACCCUCCAGGUCCACCGGGACUGCCAGUGUGCUCUGACGUCACGGAGAACGCAGUAACGGUGGCGUGGUCCCUGCCCGACUACGACGGGGGCAGUCCCAUCAGCGGCUACGUGGUCGAACGGCGAGAGAUGACUGGGAAGUGGAUCCGUGUCAAUAAAACUCCCGUGCUGGACCUCAGGUACAGAGUUUCGGGCCUGUUCGAAGGCAACAGCUAUGAGUUCAGAGUGUUCGCCGAAAACAUCGCCGGCAUCAGCGAGCCGUCCCUCACCUCUGAUCCCAUCAAAGCCGCCCGGCCGAUCACCAGGCCCGGUCCUCCGGUAAAUCCGAAACUAAAAGACUGGAGCAAAUCUUUUGCGGACAUCUGCUGGAUCAAACCCACCAGAGACGGUGGCAGUCCCAUCCUGGGUUACGUUGUUGAGAUUCAGAAGUCAGGAUCGGCUCAGUGGGACAGGAUCAACAAGGAACUGAUUAAGAUGUGCGCCUACCGAGUACAAGGCCUCAUCGAAGGCAUGGAAUACAGGAUCCGCAUCAGAGCCACAAACAAGGUCGGCGACAGCGAGCCCCGAGAGCUGAGCGAGACCAUUUUAGCAAAAGACAUUCUGGUUCCUCCUGAGGUGGUCGUCGAUGUAUCGUGCCGCGACUCUCUGACUGUCAGGGCGGGCCAGAUCAUCAGUUUGAUUACUAGAGUGAAGGGCAGACCUGAUCCCGAGAUCACGUGGACCAAGGAUGCCAGAGCCUUGGCCCGUGACAAGCGCACCGCGCUGAACAACCACUAUCCCCUGUGCGAAUUGGUCAUCAACGACGCGCUCCGCUCCGACCACGGAAAAUACUCGAUUGUUGCCAAGAACAGCAGUGGGCAAGCGCAAGCCACUGUUAUCGUCAACGUCCUGGACACGCCUGGACCUUGUCAGAAUAUAAAGGUGGCCUACGUGACCAAGAACUCUUGCAUGGUGUCUUGGGAGAACCCGGAAGACAACGGCGGCACAGAAAUCACCCAGUACGUCAUCGAGUGCCGUCAACCGAGCCAGAGAGGAUGGACGGUCGUUUCCAGUGACUGUAGCAAGCGUCUGAUAAAGGCCCCUCUCUCAGAGGGCUGCGAGUACUUUUUCCGCGUCAGUGCCGAAAACAAGAUCGGCGCGGGACCGCCGGCGGAGACCAAGACGGCCAUCUUGGCCGUCGACCCCCUGGAGAAACCCGGCGAACCCGUUGACUUCCAUAUAUCUGAGAUCGGCAAGACCUUCUGCUUCCUCAAGUGGAAGAAGCCCGACUACGACGGAGGCAGUCGUAACCUGGGUUACCACGUGGAGAAGAAGCCAAAAGAGGCCGAAGAGUGGGAGAGACUGCACAAGGGCGCCGUCAAAGAAACUUACUUCAUGGCCGACAGGUGCAUCGAAAACCAAGUCUACCAGUUCAGAGUUCAGACUAAAAAUGACGGUGGCGAAAGCAAAUGGGUGACAACGGCCGAAGUCCUAGUUAAGGAGCAGCUCGUGGAACCGGACAUCAAGAUCAAACUGGACGGAACAUUGGUGGUGAAGGCAGGCGACUCCGUUCCCAUCGAGGCCACGCUCAAGGGCAAGCCCCAGCCCGACGUCAAGUGGACCAAGGACGAUGGCACUGAAGAGCUCAAGAAGAGCCCCAGGCUUCAGAUGGAAACUGGCGCCGACUUCUCAAAGUUGCUCCUGACUUCUGCUCGGCGUUCGGACAGCGGCAAAUACACAGUCAGCGCCACCAACGCCGCCGGAACUUGCUCGGCGCACGCCAAGCUCAACGUGUUGGACAGACCCGGACCGGUUCGUGAUCUAGAGGUGUCCGGCGUCACCGUGGACAGGUGCCGCUUGGCCUGGAACGUCCCAGAGGACGACGGCGGAUGCGACAUCUACAACUACAUCAUUGAAAAGUGCGACACCAAGCGGGGCGUGUGGUCCGUCCACUCCAACGCCGUUAUUGCUAACAAGGCCAACGUGACUCGUCUCAUCGAGGGCAACCAAUACGUCUUUAGAGUUCGUGCGGAAAAUAAGAUGGGUCCCGGCCUCGCUGUCGAGAGCGAGGCCGUCACGGCCGGCACAAAGUUCAGCGUGCCGGGAGCACCCGAAGCCCCAGAGGUCACCAAAAUUUCCAAGGAGGAGAUGACGGUGCAAUGGUCCGAGCCCGACAACGACGGCGGCAAGCCCGUCAACGGUUACCUGUUGGAGAAGAGAGAGGAGCACGCUGUGAGGUGGUCCACCGUUAACAAGGAGCCAAUGGCGACCACACGCUUCGCCGUCACAGGAUUGCUCCCCCUGCACGAAUAUCAGUACAGAGUGAAAGCCGUCAAUGAAAUCGGCAUCGGCGCCGCCAGCAAACCCUCGCGCGCCAUCACGGCCAAGGAUGCCGUCGAACCUCCCGCACCCCCCACUAACAUGAAAGUCCUGGACAGCACCAAGACCACCGUCACUCUGGGCUGGACCAAGCCUGCGUCCGACGGCGGAGCGCCCAUCAUCGGCUAUGUCGUCGAGAUGAGGGUGAAGGGAAGCGUCAAGAAAACGGACGACGCUUGGAAACGCUGCAAUGUUGCCGCUCAGCUGGUCUUCUGCGAGUUCACCGUCACCAGUCUGGACGAGAAACUUCUCUACGACUUUAGAGUGUCCGCCCAAAACCAGGUGGGCAUGAGCCUGCCUUGUGACCUUGAGGCGGCCGUCAACCCCAAGGAAAUCCUCGAGGCACCAGAAAUUGACUUAGAUGCCAAUUUAAGACAGGGACUCACAGUGAGAGCCGGUUGUCCCAUCAGACUGUGCGCUACCAUCAGAGGCAGACCACCUCCCAAAGUCGUUUGGAGGAGGAUGGGCAUCGAUAACGUGGUCAGAAAAGGACACGUGGACAUCAUCGACACCAUGACUUUCUUGCUCAUUCCCGAUAGCACCCGCUACGACUCUGGCAAAUACUGUUUGACGGUACAAAGUCCCGCUGGGGAAAAGGCCGUGUUUGUCAACGUCAAGGUCCUCGACACCCCGGGACCCGUCAUCAAUCUGGAAGCCUCUGACAUCAAACAGACUUCAGCUAUGCUGUCUUGGAGCCCUCCGGAGGUGGACGGCGGCAGUGAGAUCACUCAUUUUAUCGUCGAGAAGCGUGAAAUUGACCGCAAGACGUGGGCCACGGUCAAGGCGGCGGUUCAGACGGACAAGAUUCCCUUCACGGUCAGCGGUCUUGUGCCAGGCACCGAGUACUACUUCCGCGUUACGGCAGUCAAUGAGUACGGCUCCGGAGUUCCCAGGGUGUCACCCACUUCCUAUUUUGCCUCAGAUCCCGUCAGUAAACCGGAUCCUUGUGAGAAGAUCGAUAUUCUGGAGAUCACAAAAAACAGCGCGACAGUUGGCUGGGUGAAGCCUGCACGGGACGGCGGGGCCAAGAUUGACGGUUACGUGAUUGAAUACAUCGAGGUCAAACCUCCGCCUCCGGUAUUGCUCCAGGUCCCGGAAGGAGGGGAAGACGCUCCGCCGCCUUUGGUCGUGAAGGAGGAGCCCGAGGCGCCGGAGAGGGAGGUGUGGAACGCCUAUACCACCGUGAAGGGCUUGAGCAUCAGCAUCAGCGGCCUGAAAGAGGGCAAGAGGUAUAAGUUCCGAGUGGCCGCCAAGAACAUAGUGGGCUUGAGCUCGUUCACAGAAAGCAGGCAGCCCGUGGAGAUCAAGGAGCAAAUGCUGGAACCAAAGAUCAUCAUGCCGGACACGGUCAGCGAACGAGCCGGCGCCAAACUCAGGGUGGAGGCCGUCAUCUCUGGAAAACCUUCUCCGAGCUGCAAAUGGAUGUGUGGCGACGUGCCGCUGGUUUCUUCCAGCCGUCUAGCAGUGCACCAGUCCGGCAAUUUGUGCGUCUUGAUCAUUAAGGACGUCUCCAGGACGGACAGCGGAGACUAUAGCCUGGUGGCUGAAAACAGCUCAGCAAAGGUUGACCAGGCUCUGAAGAUCAUCAUCAGAGAUCUUCCCGGACCUCCCGGGGGUCCCGUGGAGAUCAGUGACAUUGACUCGGACGCCUGCUCCCUCUCCUGGAGCCCUCCCCUGGAGGACGGAGGCAGCAAAAUCACCAAUUACGUGGUGGAGAAAUGCGACGUCAGUAGGGGCGACUGGGUGAACGCCGUUUCCACGUGCCCCAAGACCAGCUGCAGGCUGGGCAAACUCAUUCCCGGGAAGGAGUACCUGUUCCGCAUCCGCGCCGAGAACCGCUACGGCGUGUCGGACCCUGUCCAGUCUGACAGAAUGAUCGCCAAGUUCCCCUUUGAUGUUCCCGGCGAACCUCUCAACUGCCAAAUCAACAAGACCAACAAGGACUGCAUGUUCGUGGCCUGGGACAAGCCUGAGAGCGACGGCGGAAGCCCCAUCACGGGUUACUACAUUGAACGCAAAGAAAGAAACAGUCUCCUUUGGGUUAAGGCCAACGACACGGUGGUGCGCACCACCGAGUACCCCUGCGCCGGCCUUAUCGAGGGCCUGGAGUACACCUUUAGGGUGUCUGCCAUCAACCGGGCAGGUCAGGGAAAGCCCAGCCAGAAGACAGACUUUGUUACUGCCAGAACGCCCAUCGAUACGCCUGGGAAACCGGAAGUUCUGGAUAUGACCAAGAACUCUGUCACUUUGGUUUGGGGCCGUCCCAAAAACGACGGAGGCAGCAAGAUCAUCGGCUACUACGUGGAGGCCCUCCGACUCCCCGGAGACGCCUGGACACGCUGUAACACUGUUUGCCAGAACGUCCCGAGGGAGGAAUACACCGUGACGGGCUUGGAGCGAGACCUGCGCUACCAGUUCAGAGUCAUCGCCAAGACAGCCGUCAACAUUAGCAAACCCUCAGAGCCAACCGACGCCAUCCUCGUCUGUGCCGAAAACGUGCCUCCAAGGGUAGAACUGAACGGCAGGAUGCAGAAGGGUUUGAAGGUGAAGGCCGGGACCUCUGUUCUCCUGGAGGCCGAGGUCUUUGGCAAACCCAUGCCGAGAGUCACGUGGAAGCGGGGUGACGACAGCCUGAGGUCGAGUGAAGGUCAGCUCAUCAGCCAACAAAGACACCAAUUCCAACUUGAGAUGGCCUCAGUCACCAAGGAGCACACUGGAGUCUACACCAUCCUGGCAGAGAACGCCAGUGGCUCCACAACUGCUGACAUCCAGGUUACCGUUUUGGAUGUGCCCGGUCCACCUGCUGGCGCCAAAUACCUUGAGGUGUUUGCCAACAGCAUGAAGUUGUCCUGGGAGCCUCCGCUGAAGGAUGGCGGGGCCCCCAUCACCAACUACAUUUUGGACAAGCGCGAGACCAGUAGAGCCAACUGGGCUCAGGUUUCCUCAAAGAUCAAGGGUGAAAAACUUCAGUUCAACGUGGAAAAGCUGAUCGAGGGUCACGAAUACCAGUUCCGAAUCCGUGCCGAAAACACGUGGGGAGUCGGAGACGGUCUCGUCACUGCCCCCGUCAUUGCCAAGAAUCCAUUCACUGUCCCUGGUCCCUGCGAGGCCCCCGUGAUUACCAAUGUCAUCAAGGACGCCAUGACAGUGAGCUGGAAGGAGCCCAGCUAUGACGGAAAGUCCCCCGUUCUGGGUUACCUGCUGGAGAAGAAGGAAACUAAGGAGAUGAACUGGACUAAGAUGAACAGAAAGCCCGUGACAGACAGAACUUUGGAUGCCACCGGCCUAAGCGAGGGAGUGGAAUACGAGUUCAGAGUCAUUGCUGUGAACGUGGCGGGACCUGGCAAAGCCAGCGAGCCCUCGGCGGCCGCCACUGCGCAAAACCCCAUCACUCCCCCAGGCCCGGUGCUGAACCCGCGUGUGACCGACACCACCCACAGUACUCUCAGCCUCAUCUGGAACCCGCCGGCCAACAAUGGCGGUAGUGCCAUCCUGGGCUACCUGGUGGAGUGCAAACGGACAAACACCGCAGACUGGAUCCGCUGCAAUGUUCCUAGGAACUUGCAAGACACCAAUUACACCAUACAGAACCUCAUACACAAGGCUGACUACCGCUGCCGUAUCAGCGCCGUCAACAAAGUCGGCUUUGGUGAACCGGCGGAAGUACCCGGGGAGCACGUGGCGGCAGACAUCAUAGUACCCCCGGAGGCAGAGCUGAGCGCUCAUCUGAAGGAGGGACUGGAGCUACGAACCGGCGCCACCUUGAAGCUUCACGCCUCUAUCAAGGGUCGCCCGGCACCAAAGGUAACCUGGGCCAAGAUGAACACCAACAUCAAAGACCGCCAAGGCAUCGUCAUCAAGUCCACCAAAACGGACACCGCAGUGUCUGUGGAGAAUGUGAACCGAUAUGACGCCGGCAAAUACGUUCUCAACCUGGAGAGCGCGGCCGGCAUGAAGAUGUACACCGUCGUCGUCAAGGUUUUUGACACUCCUGGACCACCAAUCAACCUGGUGGUGAAAGAAACUACGAAAGACAGCGCCUCCAUUUAUUGGGAUGCUCCUCUGCUGGAUGGGGGUCACGAAGUCACCCACUAUAUCGUGGAGAAGCGCGACACCGAGAGGAAGGCCUGGUCUACGGUUUCCAACAACUGCACCAAGACUUCAUUCACGGUGUCCGACCUGCACGCCGGACGCUCGUACUGUUUCCGAGUCUCCGCUGUCAAUCAGCUGGGCUCCGGAGAGGCUUGCGAGACGCCCGACUCCGUCAGAGCAUCUGAGGAGCCUGGUCCUGUGGUGGACUUUAAGACCUUACUGGUCACCAAAGACUCUUGUACUCUCAGCUGGAAGAAACCUCUAACUGACGGUGGCAGCCGCAUUAUCUGCUACGUGCUAGAGGUCCUCAAUGGUGACGACAAGUACAAGGAGUUAAUGAGGUCCAAGAACAUGCAGUACAGUGCCAAAGAUCUGCUGGAGGACAGAGAGUACAAGUACAGGGUCAAAGCAGUCAACGACAUGGGCGAGGGUGCCGUCAAGGAGCUGGCGGUCGUCGCCAAAGACCAACUAGUUCAUCCCACUUGUGACUUGCGGGAGCUUCCAGACAUGUGUUACUUGGCCAAAGAGGGUAGCACGGUGCGCUUGAAAAUCCCCAUCAUGGGCAAACCCACACCCAAGGUGUCUUGGAAGAAGGGCGAAGAUGAAGACUUGACAGACACCGGCCGCGUUUGCGCCGAAUCCUCCGCUGUCAACACUACGCUACUGAUCAGGGAUUGCCAGAGGAGCGACGCCUCCAAGUACACAAUCACCCUGAGGAAUAGCGCCGGCAGCAAGGAGUCCACUGUCUUCAUAAGGGUGGUGGGUAAGCCCGGCAUUCCCGUGGGACCCAUCAAGUUCAAGGAGGUGACCGCCGACGGCGCCACGCUCAAGUGGGCCGCCCCAAAAGAUGACGGGGGCUCGGACAUUACUAAUUACAUUCUGGAGAAGAGGGACUCCGUCACCAACAUGUGGGUGACCGUCUCCUCGGCGGUGGACAAAAACACCUUGAGGGUAACCGGUCUUCACGAGGGCACAGAAUACAUUUUCCGAGUCUGUGCCGAGAACAAAUACGGCGUAGGCGAGGGACUCAAAUCGGAGCCCGUGGUCGCAAAACAUCCCUUCAACGUGCCCGAUGCCCCUCCUCCGCCGCAGGUUGUGAGCAUGCGUCACGACUCUGCUUACCUUGCCUGGUCCGACCCCAGGAAGACCGGAGGCUCCCCCAUCACAGGGUAUCACGUGGAGUUCAAGGAGAGGAAUAGCAUGUUAUGGAAGCGCUCCAGCCCAGCCGCCUUGAGAAUGAAGGAACACAAGGUGACGGGGCUGACUGAAGGUUUGGAGUACGAGUUCAGGGUAAUGGCCAUUAACUUGGCCGGCAUCGGCAGACCGAGUCCUCCCACAGACCCGCAAGUGGCCCUGGAUCCUAUCGAUGCUCCGGGCAAACCGGAUCCAGUGAGCGUCACCAGAAGCACGGUGACCCUCCAGUGGGCGGAGCCGCAGUUUGACGGGGGCCACAGGCUGACGGGCUACAUAGUGGAAAGACGCGAUCUACCUUCCAAGAUCUGGGUGAAGAGCAACAGCGUGAACGUGGUGGAACCCGCAUACACUGUCACCGAUCUUCAGGAGGGCUGCAAAUACGAGUUCCGAAUCCGAGCCAAGAACGCCGCCGGAGCUCUCAGUCCGCCGUCCGAACAGACUGAUACCAUCGUCUGCGUGGACGAAUACGCCUCGCCGACCAUCGUCAUUGACGCUCAGGUGAGGGAAGCCGGAGUGACCGUCAGAGCCGGUGAAACCAUCGUGGUUACGGCCACCAGUAUCCUCGGCAAGCCUCCGCCGACGUCGCGCUGGUCUAAGGGAGGAAAGUACUUUAAGCCCUCAGAACUGGUCAAUAUCGAGACGACGGCAACCUCGUCCACGCUAUCGGUAAAAUACGCGGCGAGGAAGGACUCCGGGGAUUAUGUCAUCACGGCAAGCAACCCCUUCGGCGUGAAGGAGGAAACGGUCAAGGUCAAAGUUCUGGACGUUCCCGCGGCUCCCGGUCCCAUCGAAUGUGGCGGCAUCUCCUCUGAGAAGGUCACCCUGAUGUGGACGCCUUCUCCUGAGGACGGGGGUUCUCCUAUCAAGUACUACAAGCUAGAGAAGCGGGAAACCAGUCGCCUUUUGUGGACAAUUCUGGAAGAGAAGGUGGUGGACUGUCACUAUGUGGCCACUAAACUCAUCCAGGAAAACGAGUAUAUCUUCCGAGUCUCUGCUGUCAACCAGUACGGCAGUAGUGAGCCGGCUCACUCCCAGCCUGUCAAGAUGGUUGAUAGAUUUGGUCCUCCCGGACCACCGUCCAAACCAGAAGUCGAAAAGGUCGACGGGCACUCCGCGACGGUGACGUGGAAAAGACCGACCGACGACGGCGGAAGCGACAUUAUCGGCUACUGUGUCGAGAAGAAGGAGAAGAAGGCCAUGAGGUGGCUCAGGGCCUCCAAAAAGUCCGUUGCGGAGCUCAACUACAAGGUCACCGGAUUGACUGAAGGCCUGCAGUACGAGUUCCGCGUUCUUGCCGAGAACAGAGCUGGCUACGGAGAGCCCAGCGAGCCCUCUGUGCCGGUCACAACCGUCGUUGCGACCUUUGUUCCCGGACCGCCGGUGAAUCCCAGGGUCACAGAUACUAGCAAGACCACUGCCACUCUUAAUUGGGGAAAACCACUGGAUAACGGCGGACUCGACGUCACCGGCUACGUGAUCGAGCACCAAAAAGAAGGAACGGACGAAUGGAUAAAGGACACGCCGUCAUCUCCACUGAGAAUCACCGAGUUUGUCGUCCCCGGCCUGGAAAACGCUUGCAGAUACAAUUUCCGGAUUAGUGCCGUCAACCCUAAGGGCGCAGGAGAAGCCGCCCAAACGGCGGAACUGGUGGAGAUAGUGGAGCGUGCUGCCGAGCCGGAUUUGGAAUUGGAUGCGGAGCUGAGGCGGACGCUGGUAGUCCGGGCCGGAUGCUCCAUUCGUCUCUUUGUGCCCAUCAAGGGACGGCCUACGCCGACCGUCGCCUGGACCAAGGAGGGCGCGCCCGUGCCGCGCGCCGUCAUCGACAGCACCGAGGCCUACACCAUGCUGCUCAUUCCCGAAAGCCUGAGGAGCGACGCCGGUAAAUAUGAGCUUACUCUGGAAAACUCGGCCGGGAAGAAGAGUGCAAAUGUUCACGUCAGAGUUCUAGAUUCGCCCGGGCCGCCGCUCAACAUCAAACCGGUCAGUAUCGACAAGGAAUCCAUUGUCCUUCAGUGGGAAAUGCCGCUCAUCGACGGUGGCGCCAAGAUCACAAAUUACAUUAUCGAGAAGAGAGAAUCGACACGCAAGGCCUUCGCUACCGUCGUGGCCAAAUGUCCGACCACUUCAGUCAAGAUCGGCGAUCUGGGCGAAGGCUGCGAGUACUACUUUCGCGUGUAUGGCGAGAAUGAGUACGGUGUGGGCGAAGGGGCGGAGACCCCGGAUCCCAUCCGCGCCUCCCAGGCGCCGAGUCCUCCAGAAAGCAUCGUGCCGACCGACGUCACCAAAAACUCUGUGAGCCUGGCUUGGACCAAACCCAAGCACGACGGGGGAAGCAGGCUGACGGGAUACGUCCUGGAAGCCCAGAAGAAAGGGAGCGAUCAGUGGGCCCACGUCACCAGUCUGAAAAACAUGGACUUCACCGUGAAGAAUCUCAACGAGAACGAAGAAUACACAUUCCGCGUGAUGGCCGUCAACCACUCGGGGAGAAGCGCCCCGCGCGAAAGCAAGCCUGUCGUUAUCAAGGAUUCGUCCUCUCUACCGGAGUUCGAUCUGCGCGGCAUAUGUCAGUCCACCAUUAUCGCCAAAGCCGGAGACGACAUCAGGGUGGAAAUUCCCGUUGUUGGACGCCCCAGGCCGGCGGUCAGCUGGCAGAAGGACGCUGGCGCCUUGAAGCUCACCCAGAGGACAAAUGUGGAGAGCACUCCCGCCACUGUUAUCCUCACCAUCAACGAAUGCACCAGAGCGGACAGCGGCACGUACGCCGUGACGGCAAAGAACAUUAUCGGUUCCGUCACCGACAACAUUUUGGUCAAAGUGCACGACGUUCCGGGGCCGCCCAAAGGACCCGUCGCGAUCAGCGAAAUCUCUCGGACCUACUGCGUUUUCACGUGGGACGCGCCAGAAAACGACGGGGGCGUUCCGAUUAACAAUUACGUGGUGGAGAUCAGAGACACGACCACGCAGACUUGGACGGAGCUAACAUCCACGGCUAUUCGGACCACCUUCAAAGCCACGCGCCUAACCACGGGCUCGGAAUACCAGUUCCGAGUGAAGGCCAAAAACCGCUACGGCGUAGGCCCCGCCAUAACCUCCGAGUCGGUGGUGGCCACGUACCCCUUCAAAGUUCCGGGACCGCCCGGGACGCCCCACGUCGUGGCCUUCACCAAGGAUUCCAUCACCAUCGGCUGGAACGAACCCGUGUCCGACGGUGGAAACGAAGUCGCCGGCUACCACGUGGAGAGAAAAGAACGAAGCAGCAUCAUGUGGCAGAAAAUCAGCGUCGGUCUUGUGAAAGGAAACGUACUGAAAUCUAGCGGCCUGGAAGACGGGGCCGCGUACGAGUUCCGCGUCAUGGCAGAAAACAAGGCCGGAAUCGGAAAGCCCAGCAAAGCUUCCGAAGCCAUCGUGGCUUUGGAUCCGGUGGACCCCCCGGGUCCGCCCGUGCCCACCUUCGUCAGUAACAACGCCAUCACCAUUGCGUGGACCAAGCCCGAGUACGACGGCGGAUUCAAGAUUACUGGCUACACGGUGGAGAAGCGAGAACUUCCCGCCGGCCGCUGGAUCAAAGCCAACUUCACCAACGUCAUUGAGACGACAUUCACCGUCAGCGGGCUGACCCGGGACGCGGCUUACGAGUUCCGGGUGAUGGCGAGGAACUCCGCGGGAGCCGUGAGCGCCCCUUCGGAGCCCUCGGAGCCCAUCGCCUGCAAAGACAAUGUUAUUGAGCCGCGCAUCAUGGUGGACGCCGUCUUCAAAGAUGUGCUUCUGGUGAAGGCGGGAGAAUCCUUCAAACUGGACGCCGACAUCGCCGGUCAACCCGCUCCGUCCGUGAAUUGGACCAAGAACGAAAAAGAGGUGGAGAACACAUUGAAACUGGAGGUCAAGUUCACUGAGCUGACGACAGCGCUGACCAACAAAGACUCGGUCAGAGCUGACGGAGGAGAAUUUGUCUUGACGGCCACCAACGUCGCCGGCCUUUGCAAGCAGAUCUUUAGAGUCAAAGUGCUGGACAGACCCGGCCCGCCGCUCGGACCUCUCGCCGUGACCGACGUCACAGCGGACGACUGUUUGCUGACGUGGGCCCCGCCUCUCGACGACGGCGGUUCCCCGAUCGAAAGUUACGUGGUCGAGAAGCGGGAGUCCAGCAGACUGGUUUGGAGCAACGUCGCCUCGGACCUGCGGGUUACCCAAUAUAAGGUCGGCAAGCUUCUCAAAGGAAACGAGUACAUCUUCAGAGUGAUGGCGGUGAACAAAUACGGUAACGGCGAGCCCCUGGAUUCGGAGCCAGUGAUUGCCGACGAUCCGUACCGGGUUCCGGACGUACCCGAGAAUCCGCAGGUCACCGCCGUUGCCAAGGAUUCCAUGGUAGUGAUGUGGCAGGUGCCAAAGAACGACGGCGGGACACCCGUCACGAACUACCACGUUGAAAGGAAAGACCGACUAGGCCUGCGCUGGGUUAAGUGUAACAAGAGGAAGGUCAAAGAUCUGCAGUUCAAGGCCACGGGGCUUGUCACAGGACAUGAAUACGAAUUCAGGAUCUUUGCGGAGAACGCUGCGGGCAUUAGCGCCCCCAGCCUGGCCAGUCCCUUCCACAAGGCCAGCGAUGCCUUGUACAAACCAGGGCCUCCGUGUAACCCCAGAAUUCUGGACACCACCAAGUCAUCUAUUACCGUGGCCUGGAACAAGCCGGCCUAUGACGGCGGCUCCGACAUCACGGGUUACGUGGUUGAGAGCUGCAUACCUUCUGAGGAGGAGGAGUGGAAAAUUGUCACGCCCAAGGAGGGACUACUCGCCACCUCUUUCACCUUAAUCAAUCUGACGGAGGAUCAGGAAUACAAAAUCAACAUCUCCGCCGUCAACGGCGAAGGAAUCGGUGAAGCCGCCGCCGUACCCGGCAGACCCAAGGCCGAGGACAGACUAGUCCCGCCAGAGCUGGAUUUGGAUGCGGAACUCUGUAAAGUGGUCACCCUUCGAGCUUGCUGCACUCUCAGACUCUUUGUUCCCAUCAGAGGACGACCCGCUCCGCAGGCAAAGUGGAGCAAGGAGGAUGGCGAACCCGUCGAGAGGGCCACUGUUGACACCACCACGUCGUACACGUCCCUCGUUGUCGGAAACUUGAACAGAUUCGACAGCGGAAAGUAUAACCUCACGGUGGAAAACAGCUCCGGUUCUAAGACCGUCACGGUCCAAGUCCGAGUACUCGAUACACCGAGUGCUCCGCAGAAUCUGAAGAUCGGCGGCGUGACCAGUCAAUCCGUCACGCUAUCUUGGGAUCCGCCGGCAAACGACGGGGGAUCCAAGAUAAAGAACUACAUUGUGGAAAAGCGCGAAUCCACCAGAAAGGCUUACGCCACGGUCAGCGCCACGUGCCAUCACACCGCCUUUGUCGUGGAGCAGCUCCUAGAAGGAUGCAACUAUUAUUUCAGGGUUUUGGCCGAGAACGAGUACGGCAUCGGCCUGCCUGUCGAGACCGGCGAAUCUGUUAAGGUGUCGGAGAAACCACAACCUCCUGGAAAAAUCAGUCUGAAGGACGUCACGAAGAACAGCGUCACGCUUUCCUGGGAAAAGCCGGAGCACGACGGCGGCAGCAGAGUGGGCUGUUACGUUGUAGAGGUCCAACCCAAAGGUGUGGACAAGUGGGCGCAGGCCGCCAUCGUGAAAGAAACGGAAGCUACCAUCGGCGGUCUCAACGUGGGCGAAGAAUAUAUGUUCCGCGUGGCAGCCAGGAACGAGAAAGGAACGAGUGACCCUCGUCAAAUUGGAGUUCCCGUCAUCGUGAAAGAUCUAGUCAUAUCGCCGGCUGUGAAAACGGCGUUCGACACCUUCAGCGUGUUGGCUGGCGAAGAUCUGACGGUGGAGCUUCCGUACGUAGCCAGGCCCAAAGCAGCAGUCUCCUGGCACAAAGAUGGCCAACCGCUCAAGAGAACGACCCGCGUCAACUUUGGCGCCACAGAAAGGGUGCUGAACCUCAGCAUCAAAGAGGCAUCCAAAGAGGAUUUCGGACACUACCGAGUGACUCUCAGUAAUACGGCUGGAGAGGCCACGGCGGACGUUGGCGUGGUAGUGCUGGACAAACCCGGACAGCCGGGUGGUCCGGUCAAGGUGGAGGAGGUGACUUCUGACAGCGUAACCAUUUCUUGGAGACCGCCAGAGUAUGACGGCGGUUGUACAAUUAAGAACUACGUUGUGGAAAAGAGAGAUACGUCCACCACCAAUUGGACCGUUGUCUCUCCGAACCUGGCCAGGACCACAGUCAAAGCGUGUCGCUUGAAAACGGGCUCCGAAUAUCAGUUCAGAAUCGCGGCAGAAAACCGAUACGGGAAAGGUCCGGUUCUUCAGUCCGAGUCGAUCGUAGCUCAAUAUCCAUACAAACUUCCGGGACCGCCGGGAACGCCCUCCAUCGCAGUGUGCACCAAGGACAGCAUGGUGGUGGCGUGGAACGAACCCGUCAAUGACGGGGGCAGCUCCAUCUUGGGCUACCAUCUGGAGCGCAAGGAAAGAACCAGCAUCCUUUGGGUCAAGCUCAAUAAAUUGCUGAUAAAAGACCAAACCUUCAAGACCAUUGGCCUGGAACCGGGAAUGGAAUACGAGUUCAGAGUUUAUGCUGAAAACAUCGUGGGCGUGGGCAAAGUCAGCAAAGUGUCCGAAGGUCACGUGGCCAGAGAUCCUUGCGACCCUCCGGGCACGCCCGAGGCCACCAAGAUCACCAGGCAUUCGGUUCACAUCGCUUGGACCAAGCCCGAGUACGAUGGCGGCGCCAAGAUUACGGGCUACACGGUGGAGAAGAAGGAGCUUCCCGAAGGCCGCUGGUUGAAAGCAAACUUCACCAACGUCAUCGAGACGGAAUACGCUGCAACGGGACUGCUGCAGGAUAAGCAGUACGAGUUCCGAGUCAUUGCCAGAAACGCCGCCGGAGUUUUUAGUCUCCCUUCUUACAGCACUGGCCCCAUCACUGCCAGGGAUGAGAUCGAGCCCCCCCGUAUCAGCAUCGAUCCAGAGUACACUCAGACCCUGGUGGUAAAAGCAGGGGAAAACUUUAAGAUCGACGCAGACGUUCACGGCAAACCCUUGCCCUCCGUCACCUGGCUGAAAGGUGAGCAGGAACUGGCUAACACCAUCCACUGUGAAAUUAGGAACACAGCCACCCAUGCCUGUGUCGCCGUAAAAGAAGCAAAACUUCAUGACGGAGGCGUUUAUACUCUGUUGCUGAAAAAUCCAGGUGGGGAAAAGGCUGCACGGGUCAACGUGGUGAUUCUAGACAAACCUGGAGAACCUCAAGGACCUCUUCGCGUGACGGAUAUUAUCAAAGACCGAUGCCGUCUCACAUGGAAAGAGCCGCAACAGGACGGCGGUAGCAAGAUAACUCACUACGUCGUGGAGAGGAGAGAGACUAGUAGACUAGUCUGGACGGUCGUGGAUCCCAAAGUAGCAAAUACCUACCUCGACGUGGCAAAGCUCCUGGAAGGCAACGAGUACAUCUUCCGCGUCCACGCUGUCAACGAAUUUGGCGGUAGCGUGCCUCUGCAGUCCGAGCCGGCCAUGAUCAAAGAUCCUUACACGGCUCCCGGACCGCCCAAAGGUUUGGAGGUCUUGAAGGUAAAGAAGGAUUCAAUGGUGCUGACGUGGGAGGCUCCGGCUGAGAAUGGAGGCAGUCCUAUCACCACGUACGUCAUUGAAAAGCACGACAAAGAAGGCGUACGCUGGACCAGAUGCAACAGGCAAGCCGUCUUAGAUCUAACUUUCAAGAUCACGGGACUCCUGGAGAGUCACAGUUACGAGUUCAGGGUCGCCGCGGAGAAUUCCGUGGGCGUCGGUGAGCCCAGUUCGCCGACAGUCUAUCACAAAGCCCUCGAUCCCAUCUUCAGGCCAGGCCCGCCGCAAAAUCCCAGAGUUACAGACACCAGCAAAUCUUCGGUCUUCCUGUCAUGGGGCAAGCCUCUCUGUGACGGAGGAUCGGAGAUCCAGGGAUAUGUGGUCGAGCGCCGCGCCAUUUCGGCUGGCGAAGCGCAGAUCGAAGCCUCUGCCUCAGAGGCUCCGGCCACCGAUGUGCCCGUAGAGGACUGGAUCAUGUGCACGCCAGCGACCGGUGUCAAGAAGACAAAGUUUGAGGUUGUAAACCUGAAAGAAAAUCAGGCUUACCAAUUUAGAGUGUGCGCCACUAACAAGGUCGGGGUCGGCGAACCCGCCGAUGUCGCCGGAGCGGUUGUCGCCCAGGAAAGGGCGGAUGAACCGGACCUUGACAUAGACCCGGAACUGAGAAAGAUUGUGACCGUCCAGGCGGGACUUUCCCUUCGACUCUUCAUUCCGAUCAGGGGGAGACCAGCUCCCGCUGUCAAGUGGGACAAGGACGACGCGCCGCUUAAGGAGAAAGCUCAAGUUGAAGUGACCAGCAGUUACACGGCCCUUGUGAUUGAUCAUAUGAGCAGGGUAGACAGUGGCAAAUACACAGUAACCGCAGUCAAUGCCAGCGGAAGCAAAUCUGCCAGUGUCGUAGUGCGGGUUCUCGAUACUCCGAGCGCGCCCGUAAACCUGACGGUGAAGGAAAUAACAAACCAGUCGGUGACACUGGCCUGGGACUUACCUCUUCUAGACGGCGGCUCCAAAAUCAGAAACUAUAUUGUGGAAAAGAGGGAGAGUACGCGCAAAACGUACGCUGCCGUGGUGACCAAUUGCCACGCUCUUUCGUGGAAGAUCGAGCCGCUCCAGGAGGGCUGCAGUUAUUACUUCCGAGUCCUUGCCGAGAAUGCGCACGGUGUGGGUUUGCCAGCGGUCACCGUCGACCCGCUGAAAGUUUCAGAGGUGCCUCAGGCUCCCAAGAGUUUGACUGUAACGGACCAAACCAACACCAGCGUAUCUUUGGCCUGGGAGCAUCCAGAAUACGACGGCGGCAGUAGGGUCGUCCAGUACUUGUUGGAGGUACAGCUCAAGGGCCAAGAGAAGUGGUCUGGCGUCAACACGUACAAAACGAUGGAGACCACCGUUCCCAAUCUGAACCCAGGGCAGGAGUACCUCUUUCGAGUGACGGCCAUCAACGACAAGGGCAAAAGUGAGCCCAGAGUCCUCUCUGGCCACGUCACCACCAAGAACUUGGUGUUCGGGCCCGACGUUCGACCCGCUUUUAGCAGCUACAGUGUCCACGUCAGUAAAGAUCUAAAAAUUGAAGUGCCAAUCUUUGGACGCCCCAAACCCACCAUAGCGUGGACCAAGGAUGGCGCGCCGCUUAAGUUCACCACGAGAGUGAACAUUCACAACGAGCAGACGCUAACGAGUCUGAGCAUUAAGGAGGCGGCGGGCGACGACGGAGGCAUGUACAGCAUCCGUGCGGCUAACUCGUCCGGAGAAAAGGAGGUCACCGUCGAAAUCGUGGUACUGGACAAGCCCGGACCGCCGUCCGGCCCGGUAAGAUUUGACGAAAUAACCACACAGAGUGUGACCAUUUCAUGGGAUCCGCCAAAACACAACGGCGGUUGCCAGAUUUCCAACUACAUUGUGCAGAAAAGAGAAACCGUAACAACAACGUGGGAAAAUAUCAACGCAAACUGCGCCAGAACCACCAUCAAAGUGCCCAGACUGAAAACCGGAGCCGAGUACCAGUUUAGGAUUAUGGCACAAAACCGCUACGGGAAGAGUCACGGCCUGGAUUCGUCUGCUGUCGUCGCUCAGUACCCUUACAAAGAACCCGGCCCACCGGGCACGCCGUUCAUCUCAUCGCUCUCGAGAGAUCACCAGAUUGUGGAGUGGCACGAGCCCAUCUCGGAUGGAGGCAGUCCGGUCCUCGGCUACCAUCUCGAAAGGAAAGAGAGGAAUAGCAUUCUGUGGGUCAGAAUCAACAAGACGCUCAUACACCAGACCAAUUACAAGAGCCACCCCUUAGAGGAAGGUGUCGAGUACGAGUACCGGGUGUACGCUGAAAAUAUUGUUGGCGUGGGACGGUGCAGUAAGGUUUCUGAGGGUUGCGUGGCCAGAGACCCGUGCGAUCCCCCCGGCACACCAGAAGCCGUCCACGUGACUAAAGACACCAUCGUCAUUCAGUGGACUAAACCGGAAUAUGAUGGCGGCAGCAAUGUGACUGGCUACCUGGUGGAAAGGUGCGACUUGCCCGAAGGCCGCUGGGUGAGGGCCAACUUCACCAAUGUGAUCGAGACCCAGUUUACCGCUACUGGCCUCACGGAGAAUUCGCAAUACGACUUUCGGGUCAUUGCCAAAAAUGCCGUCGGCACCGUCAGCAAGCCGUCGUACAACAGCGGACCCAUCACGGCCAGCGACAGGAUUGAAGCGCCCAAAUUCUCAAUUGACCCCGCCUUCACCAAGACCGUCAUCGUCAACGCCGGCGAGACCUUCAAGCUGGAUGCAGACGUGCGUGGCAAGCCCCUGCCGGCGAUGCGCUGGUUCAAGGGUGAGGUUCCGCUGGAAAAUACUCUCAGGCUGGACAUCAAAAACACAGAGAACCGUGCUCUGAUCGUCGUCAAGGACUCUGUGAGAAAUGACAGCGGCGUCUACACGCUCGAGCUGAUUAACGAGGCCGGCGCCGAAAGUGUGCCUUUCAAAGUCUUGGUCUUGGACCGGCCCAGCCCUUGCGAGGGACCACUUCACGUGGCGGGCGUUGCCGAGGAUCGAUGCUCGCUGGCGUGGCGGGUGCCUUCGCACGACGGGGGAAGUCCCAUCACGCAUUACGUCAUUGAAAGAAGAGAGACCAGCCGUCUUGCUUGGACCGUCGUUUCUUCCAGUUGCACCGGCACCUGCUACAAGGUCACCAACUUGCUGGAAGGCAACGAGUACAUGUUCCGUGUCACGGCAGUCAACCGUUACGGUGCCAGCGGGCCGCUGGAGUCCGGCGCGGUGGUCACCAAGACUCCUUUCGUACUCCCUGGUCCACCUCACAUCGAGGAUGUAGCCAACAUCACUCACGACGGCAUGACCGUCACGUGGACCGCUCCGGAAUCUGAUGGCGGCAGCCAAAUUUCCAAUUACGUCCUUGAAAAGAAAGACCGAGCGGGAGUUAAAUGGACCAGAUGCAACAGACAGAAAGUCACGGACCUCUCCUUCAGAGUGACCGGCCUGACGGCCGGCCAUGAGUACGAGUUCCGAGUGGCCGCCGAGAACGCGGUCGGCCCGGGAGAGCCGUCUCUGCCGAGCUCCUACUACAAGGCCGCCGAUCCCAAGUACAAGCCCGGCUCCCCCGCCUACGUCAAUGUCGUGGACACCACCCCCAGCUCUGUCACGGUGUCGUGGGGCAAGCCACUGUCAGACGGCGGCAGUCCCAUUCAGGGAUACGUCGUCGAGAUCUGCGAGGCCGAGGGAGAGCAGUGGACCAUGGUUACUCCCCCCACAGGCUUGCGACUUAACAAAUACGAGAUCCCCAAACUGAAAGAGGGUCAGGAAUAUAAGAUUCAGGUUUGCGCUCUCAACAAACUCGGAGUCGGCGAGCCGGCUGUCCUCUCGGGAACCGUCAAACCUGAAGAAAGGCUCGAGGCGCCUCAGAUCCACCUGGAUUCCGAGCUGCGUAAGGGAAUAUCCGUGAAGGCCGGCGGCUCGGUCAGGAUUCACGUUCCGUUCAAGGGCAGACCGACCCCCGAGAUCAAGUGGUCGAAGGAUGAGGCGGCCCUAAGUGAGAAGGUGUCGGUGGAAAAGAGUCCCGCGUUCACGCAGCUGUCGGUGGAUUCCUGCGACAGAUGCGAUUCCGGAAAAUACACUCUCACACUGACCAAUAGCAGCGGGUCCGUGUCCGAAUUUGUCGGCGUUAAAGUCCUGGAUACGCCGGGAGCCCCGCAGAACCUCGUCGUUAAAGAUGUCAGGAAGGACUCGGUCACCCUUGCUUGGGAUGCGCCGCUGAUUGACGGGGGUUCCAAAAUUAAGAACUAUGUCAUUGACAAGCGGGAAUCGACCAGGAAAGCUUAUGCAAAUGUCUCAACCAAAUGCACAAAGACCACAUUCAAAGUAGAGAACCUGAUCGAGGGCGCCUUGUAUUACUUCAGAGUUAUGGCCGAGAACGAAUACGGCGUCGGCCAGGCAAUGGAAACCAAGACCGCGUCCAAGGCCUCCGAGGUACCGCUUCCCGUCGGAAACAUCUCCGUGGUCGACGUCACCAAAGUCAGCGUAUCGUUGGCCUGGGAGAAACCGGAGCAUGACGGAGGCAGUCGGAUCGCCGGCUACCUCAUCGAGAUUCAGCUCAAGGGUACGGAUAAAUGGGGCGUCGCGGCCAACACCAAGAUCUGCGAGGGCACGGCGGCAGGCCUCACCAGCGGGACGGAAUAUCUCUUCCGCGUUAUCGCUUACAAUGAGAAAGGAAAGAGCGAGCCCAAGGUGCUUGCGGCACCGGUCGUCGCCUGUGACUUGACUCUGGAGCCCAGUGUUAAGAUGCAAUUCGAUACGUACAGCGUGCUAGCGGGAAAAGAUCUGACCUUGACGUUCCCUGUCCUGGGGAGGCCCAAACCUCGAAUAAGCUGGACAAAGGACGGUCAGCUCCUGAAGGUGACUUCUAGAGUCAACGUUCUCCACACGCCUACGACCACCGGCAUUCAGAUCACCGAAGCGUGUAAGGAAGACUUUGGAAAAUACUCCGUCACGGCGAGCAACAGUGCGGGCACCUCGACUGAAAACAUGGACGUCAUUAUUCUGGAUAAACCGGGUCCGCCGAGCGGUCCGCUUCGAGUCGUCGAGGUCAGUAACACCUUCGUUCACCUUUCGUGGGAGCCCCCUGUGUACAAGGGCGGAUGUCAGGUGAAGCAUUAUAUCGUGGAAAAGAGAGAGACUGCGGGCAACACGUGGCAGUCUGUAACCACGCAGCUGGCCAGGACGGCGUUCAAAGUCACCAAGCUGAAGACCGGCGCCGAAUACCAAUUCAGGGUCAUUGCUGAAAACAGAUAUGGAAAAGGUGCCCCUCUAGACUCGAAGGCCGUCGUCGUCCAGUACCCGUAUAAGCCGCCAGGCCCCCCGGGAACUCCUUACGUCAAGUCUGCCACCAAAGAGAUGAUGAUCAUCGAAUGGAAUGAACCGGUCAACGACGGCGGGAGCGCGGUGACCGGCUACCAUCUGGAGAGUAAAGAGCGGAGCAGUAUCCUGUGGAACAAGCUCAACAAGACCCCCAUCGUCGAUACUCAGUUCAAGAUCUGUAAUCUGGAAGAAGGAAUCGGAUACGAAUUCAGAGUGUAUGCCGAAAACAUCGUAGGAGUCGGCAGAUGCAGUAAAGUCUCAGAGUCCUUUGUCGCUCGCGAUCCAUGUGACCCUCCCGGUGCUCCGGAGGCCGUGAGCGUCUCCAAAAGCCUCAUCAAGAUAAGCUGGACCAAGCCUCAGUACGACGGCGGCAGCAAAGUCAACGGAUACAUUGUCGAAAAGAGAGAGCCGGCCUCCGCUGACGGGCGCUGGGUGCGAGAAAACUUCACCAAUAUCGCGGAGACCGAAUAUAGCGUCAGCGGUCUGACAGAAAACCAGCAAUACGAAUUCAGGGUGAUUGCCCGUAACGCGGCCGGCGUCUUCAGCGAGCCUUCAGACAGCUCGGGACCCAUAACCGCGACCGAUGAAAUUGAGCCACCCAGGGCCUCCAUGGACCCCAAGUACAAGGACGUAAUUGUCAUCAAUGCCGGGGAAAAUUUAAUCAUGGAUGCCGACAUCCAUGGAAAACCGGUUCCUGAUGCGGCCUGGCUCAAGGAAGGCAAGGAACUGGGAAAAACUUUGCGCAUCGAAGUGAAAAAUACUGCCAAGUGCUCUGCCGUGACGAUUAAGGAUGUGACCAAACUGGAUAGUGGGAACUAUCAACUUGUGCUGAAGAACCUGGGGGGCACGAAAACCUUCCCGAUCGCAGUCAAAGUGCUCGACAAGCCAGGUAAACCUGCGGGGCCCUUGAAGGUGACUGAAAUCGCGGCCGACAGAUGCGCUCUCGCCUGGUUGGAGCCGAGCCUGGACGGCGGCGCUCCUAUCACCCGCUACGUGGUGGAGAAGCGAGAGACCAGCAGUUUAUCGUGGACGGUGGCGGCGGACAAUAUUCAGAGUCUGUAUCACAAAUUGACAAACCUGCUCGCAGGCAACGAAUACAUUUUACGAGUCAGGGCCGUGAACAAAUAUGGCACUGGCGAUUAUCUGGAGGGCGAGCCCUUUGUGGCGCGCAAUCCAUACAAGCCCCCGAGUGCUCCCGGGACGCCGGAGGCCAGCCAGAUCGCAAAGGAUUCCAUGCUUCUGUCGUGGGCUGCUCCGGAACACACCGGCGGGGCAGACGUUGCCGGCUACCACCUGGAAAAACGCGACAAAGACGGCGUCCGCUGGACAAAGUGCAACAGACAAAAAUUGAUGGACACGAGCUUCAAAGUGACGGGACUGAUGAGCGAUCACUUUUACGAGUUCCGCGUCGCGGCCGAGAACGAGGCCGGAGUGGGAGACCUGAGUGAAUUGUCGCUGUUCUACAGAGCCUGUGAUGCCACCAGACCCCCCGGACCCCCGCGCCACCCCAAAGUGACGGACUACUCAAAGUCCUCUGUCUCUCUUUCCUGGGGCAAACCCGACUUUGACGGCGGGGCCUACAUCAAGGGAUACGUUGUUGAAAUGCGCGAGUAUACGCCGGUGCCAGAGUCGCCGGAAGAGGUGGAGGUCGCCCCAGCGGUUGACGCGCCGGUAGAAAAACAGUGGCGCACAUGCACGCCGCCCUCUGGCAUUCAGGCCACUAAACUCACAGUCUCCGACGUGAAAGAAGGAGAAGAAUAUCAGUUCCGCGUGUGUGCCGUCAAUUCGGAGGGAGUGGGCGAGGCCGCUCACUUUCACGGCACGGUGGUUGCCGCGGACAGGCUGGAGGCGCCCGAAAUCGAGCUGGACGCCGACCUCCGAAAGGUGGUGUCCGUGCGAGCCGGAGGCACCUUGCGUCUGUUCGUCACCAUCAGGGGCAGGCCAGAACCCAGCAUCAAAUGGGAAAAAAUGGACGGCGCUCUCACAGAUCGCGCCGUGAUCGAUAACACCGGCUCCUACACCAUGCUGGUCAUUGACAACGCUAACCGCUGGGACAGUGGCAAAUAUUCGCUCACCUUGGAGAACAGCAGCGGCUCCAAGUCUGCCGUGGUCGCCGUGAGAGUUUUGGACACGCCUGGUGCGCCGCAGAACUUGACUGUGAAGGAACUCAAAAAGGAUUCCGUGACUCUGAUCUGGGACACGCCGAUUGCCGACGGCGGCUCCAAAAUCACCAACUACAUAGUUGAGAAACGAGAGUCCGUCCGCAAGGCCUACACUACUGUUACCAGCAACUGCACAGCCAAUGCGUUCAAGAUUGAAGAGUUGCCCGAGGGGGGGAUUUUCUACUUCCGCGUUUGCGCUGUCAAUAAGUACGGCCAAGGACCGACGGCUGAAACCAAAGAAGUCAAAGUGUCCGAGGUACCCCUGCCACCGAGCAACGUGAUGGUCACCGACGUGACGAAGAGCAGCGUUUCGCUCUCGUGGGACAAAUCUGCACAUGAUGGCGGUAGUAAAAUUAUCUGCUACAACGUGGAAUUCAAGCCCAAGAGUGGUGACAAAUGGGGUACGGCCUGCACGGUCAAAGUGCCGGAGGCAACAAUUCCCAACCUGAAGUCCGACGAAAGCUAUUUAUUCAGAGUCGUGGCAAUCAACGAGAAAGGAAAAAGCCAGCCCAAGGAGCUGGGUUUGCCUGUACCGGUCAAAGACGUGGCCAUCCAGCCGUCCAUCUCUUUGUUAUUCACCACUUACAGCGUGAAGGCCGGAGACGACCUGACCGUGGAGGUUCCGGUGAGAGGCAGACCGAAGCCCGUGGUCUCGUGGAAGAGGGAUGGUCUCCCCGUCAAGCAGACGUCCUCGGUUACCAUUUUGAACUCGGCGACCUCGUCCAGUGUUCUCAUUAAAAAGGCUGGCAGGGAACACGUGGGUAAGUACGAGAUCACCCUGGCCAACACGGCGGGAACGGUGACCUCGCAUCUGGAUGUCAUUGUCCUGGACAAACCCAGCCCGCCGACAAGCGUAAAGGUGGACGCCGUGACCUCCGAUAGCAUCUCGCUUUCCUGGUCUCCGCCAGAUUACGACGGCGGCUGCUCUAUAAGCAACUACGUGGUGGAGAAGAGAGAUACCAACACACAAGACUGGCAAAUGGCUGCGAGCAACGUGGCCAGAACUGCCUACAAGGCCGUCCGCUUGACGCACGGGGCAGAGUACCAAUUUCGCAUCUAUGCGGUCAACCGUUACGGAAAGAGCGCGCAUGUAGAUUCCCCCGCAAUUACGGCUCAGUACAACUUUAAGCAACCCGGACCGCCCUCCACGCCCGCAGUGAAGCUCGCGACCAAAUCUUACAUGCUGGUGACCUGGAACGAGCCCGUCAACGACGGCGGAAGUCCCGUUCUCGGCUAUCACCUGGAACGCAAGGAGCGCGCGAGUAUUCUCUGGACGAAGAUGAACAGGGGAAUGAUCAAGGACUCUGAAUACAAAGUCAGUGGAAUAGAAGAGGGUGCCAUGUACGAAUUUCGCGUCUAUGCUGAAAACAUCGCCGGCAUCGGUAAAUGCAGCAAGGCCUCUGAGCCCGUGGCGGCACGAGAUCCAUGCGACCCUCCGGGAACCCCCGUCGUCACCUCUGUUAGCAAAACGUCCGUCUCCCUGUCUUGGGACAAACCCCAAUAUGACGGCGGCGCCAAGGUGUCCGGCUACAUCAUCGAAAGCAGAGAUCUUCCCGAAGGUCGCUGGACAAGGUGCAACUUUACCAAUGUGCCCGAGACACACUAUCGAGUGACGGGCCUCACGGAGAACGGCCAAUACGACUUCCGUGUCAUUGCUAAGAACGCGGCGGGACUGUUGAGCGAAGCCUCCGACAACACGGGCCCCGUCGCGGUCAAGGAUGACGUGGAGCUGCCGCGCAUCAUGACGGAUGUUAAAUACAGAGAGACCGUAUUCGUCAAAGCGGGAGAAACCGUGAAGAUUCACGCCGAUAUCGCAGGCCGUCCCGCGCCCGUCGUCGCCUGGAGCAAAGAUGGCGACGAGCUCCUUCCUCGAGCAAGAAUCCAGAUCGUCUCCACGGAUAGCGGUACUUCGGUGAUCGUGAAAGACUGCGUCAGAAGAGACUCUGGUCAAUAUGUACUCACGCUACAGAACAUCGCCGGCACGGUCAGCGUGCCGAUAAAUUGUGUGGUUCUGGAUAAAUCGGGGCCCCCCGCGGGACCGCUGCAGAUAACGGGUCUCACGGCCGAGGACUGCACCCUGUCGUGGGGUCCGCCUCAAGAGCCCGGCGGCGCCGACAUCACGCACUAUGUCGUCGAAAAGCGCGAGACCAGCCGCUUGGCCUGGACGCUAGUGAAGGGCGAUGUCACCAAAACAUACUACGCCGUCACGGGACUGCUCAAGGGCAACGAAUACAUCUUCAGGGUUUCGGCCGUCAACAAACACGGAAGCGGCGAGCCUCUGGAGAGCGACGCCGUCAAGGUUACCGAUCCGUACGCGUUUGCCACCGCUCCGCUCAACAUCGACGUGACUGACAUCACCGGAGAUUCCAUGACACUCACGUGGUCCAAGCCGGCGAGCGAUGGCGGCAGCCCGAUCGCCGGCUACGUGGUCGAGCGCCGGGAGAAGACGGGAAUGCGCUGGAUCCGCGUCAACAGAAAUCUCAUUGCCCAAUGUAGCGCGGUAGUCACCAAAUUGCGUAAGGGUUGCGAGUACGACUUCAGGGUCUGUGCUGAAAACGCCGCUGGUCUGAGCCCUCCGAGUGAAACCUCUGCUUCCUUUAGAGCUCUGGAUCCUCUGACAGUUCCUAAUCCUCCGUCCAAGCCAAAGAUUGUCAAUUCAACCAAGGAUAGCGUGUCCAUUGUUUGGAAAGCGCCUAAUGAUAACGGCGGUGCUCCAAUCCUCGGAUACGGCGUGGAAUACAGGGACUACGUUCACAAGGCAGCGGCGGAAGAUGAGGAAGGAUAUGAAGAAGAAGAGGAACCGCAGGAAGAGCUGCAGAGAUGGCUGGAGGCCAUCUCGCUCACCAAAAGCUUAGAGUUCACAGUUACAGGCCUAAAAGCCGACACUGAAUACGAAUUCUGUGUCAGAGCCAUCAACAAAAUCGGAAGCAGCGCGCGCAGCCACUAUUCGGAUGCGGCCGCGGCAGCGGAUAGGACUGCAGCGCCAGCGUUCGACGUGGACGUCGAGAUGCGUAAGGUCCUAGUGGUGAAGCGCGGCACGGCGUUUACCCUCAACGUCCCCUUCAAAGGUAAACCGGUUCCCUCGGCGGAAUGGGCCAAGGAGGGCGCCGAUCUAAAAGUCAGAGGAACAAUUGAGUCGACCGACUCCAGCGCGUCGCUGACCAUUGAGAAGUCGACCAGAAAUGACUCUGGAGAGUACCGCCUCACGAUCGCUUCCAGUUUAGGAGAGGCGACGUUACCCCUAAUCGUGAAGGUGCUGGACUCUCCCGGACCCCCGCUCAAUGUCAAAGUUUCAGCGGUCACCCGGGAUUCCGCGAGUCUGACUUGGGAAGCCCCGGAGAACGACGGCGGGGACGCAGUGAAGGCCUACCACGUGGAAAAGCGCGAGGCCAGUAAAAAGGCCUGGGUUUCUGUGACCACUAACUGCCAUGCCUUGACGUAUAAAGUAGAAGACCUGUUGGAAGGCGCUGUCUAUUACUUCAGAGUUAUCGGAGAGAAUGAAUACGGAGUGGGCGUACCUCAGGAAGCCAAGGCUGGCACCAAGAUUACAGAGGUGCCCAGCGCCCCCGCCAAACUGGGAGUUGCAAAUGUCACCAAAGACAGCGUGACAAUAGCCUGGACGCGACCGGAGUAUGAUGGCGGUAGCAGAGUGAAGGCUUACCUCAUUGAUGCUGUGGAGAAGGGCCAGAGCAAAUGGGUCAAGUGCGCCACAGUGAGGACCACCAGCCACACUGUCAAAAGCCUACGCGAAGGUGCCGAAUACUUCUUUAGAGUGCGAGCGGAAAACCACGCUGGACUGAGUGAAGCGAAAGAGAUGAUCGUACCGGUUCUCAUCAAGGAAAUUCAGGAGGCUCCAGAGUUUGAUCUGAAGAACUACCCCAAGAAUACUGUUUAUGUAAGAGCUGGAUCCGACCUCACAUUUGAGAUCCCGCUUCGUGGCAAGCCAAUGCCAAAAGUGACUCUGUCCAAGAACAACGUUGUCAUCAAGGGAUCCAAACGACUUCUGAACGAAGUCACUCCCGACAGCCUGAUUGUCACCCUGAAUGAGAGCGUAGCUAGCGAUGCCGGAAGAUAUGAAGUAACCGCCUCAAACCUGGGCGGCGCCUGCAAGAUCUUUUUGAACUUCAUCGUGCUGGAUAGACCAGGACCCCCCGUCGGGCCCGUGGAGAUCAUCGACGUCGGGGAGACUACCGCGCACCUGAAAUGGACUCCUCCGGAGUAUGACGGUGGCAGUCCCGUCACCAACUAUCUCGUCCUGAAACGGGAAACCAGCACUCCCACCUGGACAGAGGUGUCAACUAACGUCGCGCGAAGCCAAAUCAAAGUCGCCAAGCUGACCAAGGGAGAGGAGUAUCAGUUCCGAAUUAAGGCUCAGAACCGUUACGGUGUCAGCGAGCACAUUGACAGCAAACCGGUCACGAUUCAGCUUCCGUUCACCGUUCCCGGGCCUCCGUCCACCCCUUGGGUUAGUUUUGUAUGUAGAGACAACCUGACCGUCUGUUGGAACGAACCGGUCAACGACGGCGGCAACGUCGUGAUCGGAUAUCAUCUUCAGAUGAAGGAACGGAGCAGUAUCCUGUGGCAAAAGAUCAAUAAAACCGCAAUACCGGGAAACCAGCUGCGGGUCACCAACAUCUGCCCGGGUCUCAUCUACGAGUUUAAGGUAGCGGCCGAAAAUGCCGCCGGGAUCGGGAAGAUGAGCAAGACGUCCGAAGAGGUGCUGGCCAUCGACGCGUGCGAGCCUCCUGCAAACGUCCGCGUGACAGAAGUCACUAAGAACUCUGUUAGCCUGUCCUGGCAGAGGCCACCGUACGAUGGCGGCAGUAAAAUCAGCGGCUACAGCGUGGAGAGGAGGGAAGCCACUAGCGGAAGAUGGGUGAAGGCCAACUUCACUAAUAUCCUUGAGAUGGGCUUCACGGUGUCUGGGCUGACACAGGACGAGACCUACGAGUUCAGGGUGUAUGCCAAAAACGCAGUGGGCUCGGUCAGCAACCCUUCUCUCGUCGCUGGUCCGGUCACUUGCAUCGACGCGUACGGUGCUCCAGCUAUCGACCUGCCUCCGGAGUACUUGGACGUGGUUCGCUACAAAGCCGGUACUUCAGUUAAAAUCCGAGUAGGAAUCGUUGCCAAACCUCAGCCCGGCAUUGAGUGGCUGAAGAACGGAAAGGAGCUCGUAGCUUCUUCUUCCUUGUGCGUGGAAAGCACGACAGACUCAUCGGCCAUCCUGAUCAAGGACGCCACGCGCCAACACACCGGCUCCUACGAGAUCAAGAUCAAAAACGCGUUGGGCUCUGCUAGCGCCACCAUCGCCGUCGAGAUCCUUGACAAACCCGGACCCCCAGCCGGAAGCAUUACUUUCAACCUCAUCACGGCAGAGAGAAUCACCUUCCGCUGGGAGCCCGUAUGUGAGGCUGACCUGGGAGGUUCCGAGGUGACACAUUACAUCGUGGAGAGGCGAGAAACCAGCAAAGUGGUCUGGUCGACAGUCUCGGAGAAGCACGAGCAGACAUACAUCUCGGUGGGCAAACUGGUGCGAGGAAACGAAUACGUGUUCCGCGUCAUGGCCGUUAACAAGUACGGCGUGGGAGCGCCGCUGGAGUCAGAGCCCGUCGUCGCAAAGAACGCUUUUGUAACCCCGGGGCAGCCGCAUACUCCUGAAGUGAACAUCAUCACAAAGACGACCAUGGUGGUCGAAUGGGAAAGCCCAGGUGUAGACGGUGGUAGCGCAGUGACCGGCUACUACCUGGAGAGGCGUGACAAGAAGAGUUUGCGCUGGAUCCGUGUUUACAAAGAUCCCAUUCCUGACAACAAAAAGACCGUCUACCACCUCACCGAAGGAAACCAGUACCAGUAUCGUGUCUGUGCCAUAAAUAGGGCCGGAGAAGGACCCUACUCAGAAGAAUCUGACUUUUACAAGGCCGCCGAUCCAAUCGAAUCCCCGGACGAGCCUUGCAAGCUGAGGGUGAUGGAUUCCACAAAGACCUCCAUCACAUUGGGAUGGUCCAAGCCGGAAUGGGACGGAGGUAGCGAAGUGACGAGUUACAUGGUGGAGAAACUCAUCGAAGGAGUGGAAGACUGGGCAACGGUCACAUCAAAAGGAGAGGUCAAGAUGACCGAAUACACCGUACAUGACUUGAAGCCGGACGUGAACUACUUCUUCCGAGUUUCUGCUGUUAACUGUGCAGGCCGCGGUGAACCGCUGCAGAUGAGUGAGCCUGUCCAGGCUAAAGAUAUCCUGGAGGAAGCCCAGAUUGACUCAGACGUGGCCACGAGGACUCACUACAUUGUGAAGGCCGGCAAGGACGUGGAGCUCUCCGUUCCCCUGAAGGGUCGACCAUCCCCCUCUGCUUCCUGGAGCAAAGGAGACACACGCAUCGACGAUGAUCCCUCUUAUGAGUUCCACCACUCGGACACGACCACGGUCCUCGUCUUGCGCGAAGUGACCAAGCUGGACACUGGCAAAUAUACUGUCAAGAUCGAGAACGGCGUGGGAGAGCCCAAGACACUGACUUUGUCCGUGAAGGUCCAGGACUCGCCAUCUCAGUGCAGGAACCUGACACUGAAAGACGUGACCCGUGGAAAAGUCACCCUUUGCUGGGAAAGCCCCCAACUGGACGGAGGCGCCGAAAUCACCAACUACAUUGUUGAAAAGAGGGACUCUUCGAAGCGUUCCUACUCUGCAGUGAACAGCAAAUGCACCGAUACGAGCUACACCAUCGAAGACCUCUCCGAAAAGACGUCCUACUUCUUCCGCGUUCUGGCAGAGAACGAGAACGGUGUCGGCGAACCGUGCGAAACUCUGGAGCCGGUGAAGGCUACGGAGACCCCCGGACCUGUCAGACAAGUUUCGAUGAAGGACUCUUCAAAGACCUCAGUCACGCUGCAGUGGCUAAAGCCCGAUUACGACGGCGGUAGCAUCAUCUCCGACUACGUUGUUGAAAAGAAAGCCGCCGGUGAGGAAUGGACGCUAGGAGGAACUAGUCGACACUGCCAGUUUGAGGUCAAGAAACUCAAGGAGCACUCUGACGUGUUCUUCAGAGUCGCCGCUCGAAACGAGAAGGGUCAGGGUGACUUUGUGAAGAUGGGGCCGAUCAAGGUAAUCGACUAUGUCAUCACGCCCGAAGCGAGCCUGGCAGAGUACCCGGACGGAAGGAUCUGCGUACGCUUAGGUCACAACGUCCACAUAGAGCUGCCGUACAGAGGCAAACCAAAACCAUCGGUGUCGUGGCUGAAGGACAACCUUCCCCUGAAGGAGAGCGAUCGAGUCCGCUUCAAGAAGACCGACAGCAAGGCCACACUAAUGAUAAAGAAUGUGAAGAAAGAAAACGAGGGUAAAUACACCCUGACUCUUGACAACAAAAUCAACAGGAAGUCCUUCCACAUCCACGUCAUGACUCUGGGUCCACCGUCCAAGCCCAUCGGGCCCAUACGCCUCGACGAAGUAAGAGCAGAAAGCAUCCUGAUCUCCUGGGAUGAGCCCAACGAUGACGGCGGCGGAGACAUCGCUUGCUAUACUGUGGAGAAGCGGGACACCUCUCAGGCUGACUGGAAGAUGGCUUGUUCCAGUGUGGAGGAAACGCAAUUCAAAGUUCCCAACCUGAUCAAGGGGGCCCAAUAUCAGUUUAGAGUGUGCGCCGAAAACAGAUACGGUGCCAGUGAACCUUUGCUCUCUCAGCUGGUCAUUGCCAAGCACCAAUUCAGGCCCCCGGGCCCGCCUGGCAAGCCCUUCGUAUAUAACGUCACCAACGAUGGCAUGACCAUCCAGUGGGAGAAGCCCACGUAUGAUGGCGGCACUCCUAUCCAGGGCUUCCACGUGGAGAAAAGGGAAAAGAACAGCAUCAUGUGGCAGAAGGUGAACGUGGCGCUCAUCAAGGAAAGCGAUUACAGGGUUCCGGAUCUCAUCGAAGGCCUGGAGUACUCCUUCCGGGUGUACGCGCAGAACGAUGCUGGCUGCGGCCGGACGAGUGAAGCCAGCAAGCCCGUUAUGGCAGUCAGUCCCGUCGAUCCUCCCGGCCAGCCGGACUACACUGACGUGACCGGUGACUCCAUCACGCUCAAAUGGGAGGCGCCCAAACGCGACGGGGGUAGCAAGGUCACCUCCUACAACAUUGAGAAACGACAGGGAGAGGGUCGUUGGUUCAAGGCUAACUUGACCGACGUCCACGACUGCCAGCACACUGUGACCGGCCUGACGAUGAACGAGCGCUACGAGUUCAGGAUCAUUGCCAGAAAUUCCAUGGGUGUGGUCAGCCCCCCGUCCAACUCGUCAGGCUUGAUUGUGGUCAGAAGCGAGAAUGCUGCCCCUCACAUCGAGUUUGGCCCGGAAUAUUUUGAGGGUUUGACGGUCACGGCGGGUGAAAACAUCAGGGUGAAGGUGGCUAUCACUGGACGGCCUGUUCCCAAGGUGGUCUGGUACAGGGACGGUGUGGAAAUCACCAAAAAGAUGAUGGAUAUCAUCACCGUUGCUGGAUACAGCACUCUGUUCAUCAGAGAUGCUGACCGCACCCACCGCGGUCUCUACACUGUCGAAGCCACCAACGGAUCUGGCAGCAAAAAGGAGGAUCUUCUAGUUAAAGUACAAGAUACGCCCGGAGAACCGGUAGGACCGAUCACGUUUAGCAACAUCUCAGAGGGCAGGUGCAGUCUGUCAUGGAAUCCGCCGGAGAACGACGGCUGCUCAGAAAUUUCCCAUUACAUUGUCGAGAAGCGUGAGACAUCCAAGAUCUCUUGGGCAUUAGUGUCCGAUGACUGUCGCGAGUGCACCUUCUCUGCAACAAAACUCAUGAAGAUCAAUGAGUACCAGUUCAGAAUCUCCGCCGUGAACAAGUUUGGUGUCGGUAGACCCUUGGAAUCCUGCCCUAUUAUUGCACAGCUGCAAUACACUACCCCCGAUUCUCCGGGCACGCCAGAUGCUACCGAGGUCACGGGGGAAAGCAUCACUUUGACCUGGACUCCUCCAACAUCAGACGGAGGGAACCCCAUUCAGUACUACGUUCUGGAAAAACGAGAGAAGAAGACUGUCCGCUUCUAUAAGGUGCUUUCCAAGAAACCCAUCACAGAAUGUGCUCACAAAGUGCUUCACCUCACUGAGAAUACGGAGUACGAGUUUCGGGUCAUGGCCGUGAACGAUGCCGGUAUCGGCGAUCCCAGCAAUAUCUCCUUGCCCAUUAAGGCCGUUGAGCCAAAGGAUAUCCCGUGUGCGCCGUCUGUGGUCUGUGUAUCGGACUCCACCAAUUCUUCCAUCAGUCUAGAAUGGAGCAGGCCCGCUGACGACGGGGGCUCCGAUAUCCUGGGCUACAUCGUUGACGUGCUGGAGGGCGAGGAAGCUGACUGGAAGAGGGUCAAUGAAGAGCUCGUGACAGAAACCGGGUACACGGUGACCGGUCUACGUAGCGGGAUUGACUACAAGUUCCGCAUCGCGGCUGUAAAUCAAGUGGGAAAAGGCGAGGACGCGGUAACUAUGGAACCGGCUCAGGCCGUCGAGAGACUAGCACUGCCGCAGGUGGAUAUUGAUGCUAGCUUCAAGCAAACACAUAUCGUCAAAGCCGGAGGCACAGUCAAACUGAGUGUCCAGUUCAGGGGGAAGCCUGUCCCCGUUGCCACUUGGCUGAAAGAGGAAGGAGAACUAGGAGUGAUGUCAGAGGUCACAAGUGUUGAGGGAAGUAGUACUCUACAACUGGAAAAGUGCACAAGAAAUGAUUCUGGUAAAUACACCGUGAAUAUGGAGAACAGCAGCGGUAGCAAGGCCAUUACUUUUACUGUGAAAGUACUGGAUACUCCCGGAGCUCCUCAGGCUUUAGCCUUCCAAGAGGUGUCCAGAGGCUCGGUCACACUCACGUGGGAGCCGCCGCUCAAUGACGGCGGAGCACGAAUCCACCACUAUAUUGUCGAGAGGCGGGAGGCGACCCGUCGUACUUGGCAGCAGUCUGGGGGCAAAUGCACUCAGAACGUAAUGAAGAUCCAGGACCUCCUGGAGGGCGUUCCUUACUUCUUCAGGGUCUCCGCAGAGAACCAGCACGGUGUUGGCGAAGCGUUUGAGAUAACGGAACCUGUCGUGGCCACCGCCGAGCCGGCGCCGCCAAAGAGGUUAGACGUCGUAGACACCACCGACAGCUCGCUGUCGCUGAGCUGGCUGAAGCCGGAGCAUGACGGCGGAAGCCGUAUCCAGUCUUACAUCGUGGAGGCCAGGGCCAGGGGUACGGAUAAAUGGGUCGUGAUCGGCAACACCAAGAACCUCUCCUACGUCAUCGAGAAGCUCAACAAGGGCGACGAAUAUCACGUCCGUGUGAGAGCCAAGAAUGAGUCUGGCCUCAGCCGACCCAGGGAAACGCCGGCCCCGGUGACGGUCAGAGAGCCUCGUGUCGAACCGGCGGCCGACCUGAGUGACAUCACCAACCAACUGAUCACCUGUAGAUCCGGCAGCACCUUCAGAAUCGAAGUUCCCAUUAGCGGGAGACCCGCUCCCAAGGUGACCUGGAGGCUGGAGGAGAUGAGGCUGAAGAACUCUGAAAGAGUUUCCAUUCAAGUGACUAAAGACAAAGCAAGCAUAUCGGUCAAGGAUGCCAUGAGGGGCGACGGUGGAAAAUACUACCUUACUCUGGAGAACGUCGCCGGAACCAAGACCUUUGCCGUAGACGUAAAUGUUACGGGGAAACCCGCUCCGCCAGCAGGUCCUAUAGAAGUCUCAAACAUCACUUCUGAAUCCUGCGUCGUCAGCUGGGAAGCGCCGGAAGACGACGGCGGUACGGACGUUACCAACUACAUCGUGGAGAAGCGAGAAUCUGGCUCCACCGCCUGGCAGCUAAUCAACUCCAGCGUGAAGCGGACAUCUCUCCACGUCAGUCAUCUCACCAAGUACAUGCAGUAUACCUUUAGGGUUUCUGCUGAGAACAGGUUUGGCGUAAGCAAGCCCACUGAGUCCGAGACCAUUAUUGCAGAGCACCCUUACACGCCACCCGGGCCCCCGACGAGGCCGACAAUCUGUAGCAUUUCUGCCAAUGCCAUGACAUUGAAGUGGGAAGAGCCCUAUCACGAUGGCGGCAGCAAAGUCACCGGUUACUGGAUUGAGAAGAAGGAGAAAAACAAUAUUCUGUGGGUAAGGCAGAAUAAGAUCCCGUGCUUUGAGUGCUUUUACAAGGCGGAAGACCUCGUCGAAGGCCUGGAGUACCAGUUCCGAGUUUAUGCCAUGAACAGCGCUGGUCUGAGCAAAGCCAGCGAAGCCUCCAAAGGAGCGGUCACCCAAAAUCCCGUUGAUCCGCCGAGUAAGCCAGAGGUGACAAAAGUGACGAGGACGACGGUCUCGCUCAAAUGGUUGGCUCCUCUGAAUGAUGGCGGCAGUCCAAUUGUAGGCUAUGUUAUCGAACGGAAGCCAUACACCUUGACCGGCGAGGGCCGCUGGCUGAAGUGUAACUACACGAAUGUGACCGACACUUUCUACACUGUUACCGCCCUGGGAGAAGGAGAACCGUACGAAUUCAGAGUCAUCGCCAAGAACUCCAACCAGGUCUUCAGCACCCCGUCCGAGUCCACGGGAUCGGUGCAGUGCAAGACCGACUAUGAACCGCCAAAGGCUCAGCUGGAUGGCAAGCUAUUGUCUGAAGUUGUUUUGGUGAGAGCGGGAUCAGAUCUGGUUCUGGACGCGACGGUGGGUGGCAGGCCUGAGCCCAAAGCUUCCUGGUCCAAGGGCAACAGGGAACUGGACUUAUGCGAGAAGUACCACUUGCAAUACACGCCCAACCGUGCAAUGGCUGUCAUCAAGUUCUGUGACAGAGAUGAUACCGGAAAGUAUAUUCUCACUGUGAAGAACGUGAGCGGGACCAAAACAGCUGAGGUCAAUGUCAAAGUACUAGACACUCCAGGAGUAUGCGAAGGCAGCGUCCAGAUCAGCAAGCUUACUGAGGAGUCGUGCAAGCUCAGCUGGAAGCCUCCUCUGGAAGACGGUGGCGAUGAGGUCUCUCACUACCUCGUGGAGAGGAGAGACACCAACAGACUCAACUGGGUCUUCAUGAACGCUGAGUGCAAGGAGCUGACCUGCAACAUCACUGGCCUCUUCAAGAACACAGAAUACUUGUUCAGGGUCCGUGGCAUCAACAAGUAUGGCGCUGGAGUCCCCCUUAUCUCAGAGCCUGUGGUCGCUAGAAACACUUUCACUGUACCAAGUCCACCUGGAGCACCUGAGAUUCUGGUGUCCGGAAAGGACUUCGCGACCAUUGAGUGGCUGAAGCCCGAGAGCGACGGCGGCAGCCCAUUGAUCCACUACCUGGUUGAGAGGCGGGAGAAAAAGAGUGCCCGCUGGGUGAAGGUGAACAGAAGCGGAGCGCACUUGGACACGACGCUGAAAGUGUCCGGUCUGACCGAAGGGAACAUCUACCAGUUCAGGGUGACGGCCAUAAACAAGGCUGGAGAGAGUGAACCUGGCGAGGUUUCUCUCUACGUUGUCUGCAGAGUGCCAACAUGCACCCCCUCUCCCCCAUCCGUGCCUCGCAUCACCGACACCCACGCCGACAGCAUCGCCUUGGCUUGGUCUCGUCCCGUGGAGGACGGAGGAGCCGACGUUCUGGGCUACUUACUGGAAAUGCAGGAAGCCGGAAUGGAGGAGUGGACCAGAGCCCACGAGAAAACGUUGCGUACCUCGGAACACACGGUGACGGGACUUUGCUCAGGCAAGAAGUAUCGUUUCAGAGUGGCCGGCAUCAACAUCAACGGUACCGGAGACUUCAGCGAGCACUGUCCUGAGACCGAGCCAGUGGAGAGGAUUGAAACACCUGACUUUGAGCUGCCCGACGACUUGAAGAAGACCAUUUGCCUGCGUGCCGGUGGCUCUCUGCGCCUAUCUGUCAAUAUUAGCGGGCGCCCCGCUCCGACGAUCACUUGGAGUAAGCCUGGUGUGGAUCUGAACAACCGGGGCUUCAUCGAGGUCACUCGCAAGUCGACCACGCUUAUCAUUGAUAAGGUCCACCGAUAUGAUGCUGGAAAAUACACACUGGUUGCUGAGAACUCUGCUGGGAAACAGGAAGUCUUUGUUGUGGUCAAAGUCUACGACACACCGGGACCAACGGGACCAAUCAAGAUCAAGGAACUGACUAAGGAAUCCGCCACCAUCUCUUGGGAUGCGCCGAGCGUGGAUGGCGGCGCUCCAGUCAAUAAUUACAUUAUCGAAAGGCGCGAGGCCUCCAUGAGAGCCUACAAAACGGUGACUUCCAAGUGCGGCAAGACCUCCUUUAGGAUGGAUGGCCUGUUGGAGGGCAUGCUGUACUACUUCCGAGUCCUCCCGGAAAACAUUUAUGGCAUCGGCGAGCCUCGAGAGACACCGGAUGUGGUCCUGGUUUGUGAGGUUCCUCACCCGCCGCACAAACUGGAGGUGACGGACAUCACCAAAAGUAGCGUUUCCUUGGCCUGGGAGAAGCCCGAGCACGACGGAGGCAGCAGAGUGACCGCUUACGUGGUGGAGGCCUGCAAGUUCGGCACUGACAAAUGGAUGAAGGUGGCCUCGCUCAAGCUGACCGACUUUGAACACACCGUCCAAAAGCUGAACGAGAAAGAACAAUAUUUGUUCCGAAUCAAAGCCGUUAACAGCCGAGGUGCCAGUGAAGCUAAGGAGCUAGUUACGCCUGUGACUGUGCAGGAACAAAGAGUGAUGCCCGCAGUGGAUUUCAGCAGUCUCCCCCAGAAAACUAUUCACGUUCUGGCCGGCAAGACCCUGGAGCUGGAGCUGCCGAUUGUCGGCAGGCCUCCCCCGUCUUGCUUCUGGUUCUUUGAAGACAAUAGGAUCAAAAUCACAGAGCGUGUCAAGAUCCAGAGCAGUGGCAAGUUUUCCAAACUCACCGUGUCUGACGCAACCAUCAACGACACUGGCGACUACGCCCUGGAGGUUAAGAACGCCGUCGGUGUCACCACAGAGGUCAUCAAAGUUGUCGUUCUCUCUAAACCGGACGAGCCUAAAGGACCGAUCCGAUUCGAUGAGAUCGACGCCACCGUGGUCACGUGUAGCUGGGAUCCCCCUCUCAGGGACGGCGGGGCUCCCGUCAGCGGUUACGUUGUGGAGCAACGAGACGCCCACCGACCGGGCUGGGUGCCCGUUUGCGACUCCGUCAGCCGUCCAACCUUCAAAUUUGAGAACCUGAUUGAAGGAGACGAGUACGUCUUCCGCGCGGCCGCCAUCAAUCGCUACGGCGUGGGAGAAUUCUUGCAGUCUGAGAUUGUCACCUGCAGGAGCUUGAAAAAUGUGUCUGGCUCUCCCGGACGACCCACUGUCUUUGAUGUUUCACGUGACGGCAUGACCGUCGCGUGGAACCCGCCGGAUGAGGACGGUGGACUGGAGGUUUCCGGUUACAUCAUUGAGCGCAAAGAAGUCAGGUCUGACAGAUGGGUGCGUGCCAACAAGAAUCCCGUCACCAUGACCAGAUAUCGCUCGACAGAGCUAAUUGAAGGCCUGGAGUACGAACACAGAAUCUUGGCUAUCAACGCCCGUGGAAUCAGCAAACCGAGUUUGCCUUCCAAACCAGCUGUGGCAUCGGAUCCCAUUGAUCCACCCGGUUGCCCGCAGAAUCCUCGUAUUACAGAAACCACCAAGUCGUCCGUAUCAUUGGCUUGGAGUCCGCCCGACGAUGAGGGCGACGCAAAAGUAGAUGGCUACCUGAUUGAGAUGCAGAAGGCGGGCACCGUUGCGUGGCUCAAAUGCAAUACCACGCCAUCUCUGAUUUGCGAAUACACGUUGACCAACAUGCCGCAAGGAGACCAGUUCAAAUUCCGAGUACUGGCCUGUAAUGCCGGCGGUUGCGGCGAGGCAGCGGAAGUUCCCGGAACCGUGGCUGUCACAGAGAUGUCGGAAUCUCCCGAUUAUGAACUGGAGUUGAAAUACAAAGACGUGUACGUGGUCCGCUACGGUGGAGUGGUCCGGCUCUCCGUCCCCGUCAGGGGAAAACCUCACCCUAAAUGCUCGUGGUCCAAGGACACCGAGGUGGUGUCGAGCAGGGCUAUGAUUGCUCACACUGAGGACACCAGCGAACUGGUGAUCAAAGGAGCCGAGAGGAAUGACUCCGGUCUUUACGAGCUCCUUCUGGAGAAUAAAGUUGGCAAGAAGAAGGCCCAAAUCAAGGUCAAUGUCAUAGGUCGCCCUAGCGCUCCGGUGGGACCGUUGGCCUUUGAGGAAAUCCAGGCAAACUCGGUGAAAUUGUCCUGGAAGGCGCCCGCCGAUGACGGCGGUGCCGAGAUACUGGGUUACAUAGUUGAAAGAAGAGAGGUGACCAGAAACGCCUGGUACACCGUGGACGGCAGGGUGACUGAUACUCACUUAGUUGUCAAAGGCCUAAAGGAAGGAACAGAAUACCACUUUAAGGUUACUGCCGAGAACACUUUUGGCAUCGGUCCCUCUCUCAAGUCGGAGGAGCCCCUGGUGCCCAAGACUUUGCUUUGCCCGCCGGAACCUUCCGGCGCACCGCCCGAGAUCAUGGAUGCUACCAAGAACACCGUGGCACUGGCCUGGUCCAGACCAAAGGACGAUGGAGGUUCUUCUAUCACGGGUUACUACGUGGAGUACAAGGAGGUGUCUUCCGAGCAAUGGUCCCGUCACUCCGCCAGGAUUCUCUCCACCAUGUUUACACUGUCUGGACUCACAGCAGACUCGGACUAUCAUUUCCGCGUCGUUGCCGUCAACGAUAUCGGUGAGAGUGAAGCCGGACCCGUCUCGGACGCCGUCACGUGCAAAGAUCCGUUUGAUAAGCCGAGCCAGCCGGGUGAAAUUCAUACAACGCAAGUGACUAACAACUUGAUAAGCAUUGGCUGGCAAGCUCCAGAGUGUGACGGUGGAAAAGAGGUCCUGGGAUACUGGGUGGAAUGUAGGAAGUCCACUGAAAGUAGCUGGCAGAAAUGCAACAAGCAGAGGCUGAAAGAACAGGAGUUCACCAUGCGCGCUCUGGCCGAAUCCACCGAAUACGAGUUCAGAGUAUUCGCCGAAAACGAGACCGGAAUGAGCAGACCGCGUCGGACCGCUGCUUGCGUCAAGACCAAACUGAGUGCGGAAACAAAACCGAGUCUGAGAAAGGAAAUGGACGAAGUCACCGAAAAGCUGGGGCAGCCCGCAGUCAUGAAGUGCCAGAUUAUCGGCAGGCCCGUUCCCGAGAUCAAGUGGUACCACGCGGGCAAGGAGAUUGCAGAAUCGCGCAAAUAUGAGAUGAGCUCCGACGGCCGCAACCACUCUCUUUCCAUCAUGACCGAUCGACAAGAGGACGAGGGAGCGUACACCUGUAAAGCCAGCAACGAUGCUGGAGAAGCAGAAAGCACGGGAACCCUGGUACUGGAAGCCGCUCCGGCCUUCAGCGCUGAAUACCCGCUGAAGAGCACCUAUUACGCCGGCCUGGGAACCACGCUGCGCAUCCACGCUGUCUACGUUGGCCGCCCCGUGCCCAAGAUUAUGUGGCUCCAAGAAGCAAAGACCCUGGAGAACUCUGAGGACAUUACUAUCGAGACCACCGAGCAUUAUACCCACCUCAUUAUCAAGAAUGUGCAGCGCAGAGUCCACGGAGGAAAAUACAGGAUUCGACUACACAACCACUUCGGCCGGGCCGACACCGCCUUCAAUGUCGAAAUCUACGACAAGCCUGACGUGCCUCAGGGUCCCAUUGUUCUGGAGGCCCUCCUGAAGAACUCCGUGAUCAUCGGCUGGAAGCCCCCCAAGGACGAUGGCGGCUGCAUGAUUACCAACUACAUUGUGGAGAAGCGCGAAGACAAAGAAGGAAGCCAAUGGGAACUAGUGUCGUCGUCCGUUAACGGAUCGUCUUGUCGGGUGCCCAACCUUACCGACAGCUCCGGGUAUUUCUUCCGUGUCUACGCCCAGAAUCGCUACGGAAACAGCGAGCCCCUGGAACUCACCUCGGCCAUCGUCAUCAAAAGCCAUUUGGAGAAACCAUCACAGCCUCAGGCCAUCGUUGUUUCUGGAAUCACCAAGGAUUCCUGCGUGCUUUCCUGGAACCCUCCGCUCAGCGACGGCGGCUCCAAAAUCAAGAGCUAUUGCCUUGAGAUGAAGAAAAAGAAGGAUAAGCAGGAAUGGGGCGAAUGGACGCCCGUGACCACAGAUGAGAUCAAACAGACGGUCUUCUCCGUCAAACAUUUGUCAGAGGGUUCGGAAUACAUGUUCCGGGUGAAGUGCGAGAACCUCGGAGGACAAAGUGACUACAGCGAGGACAGUAGGAGUAUCGUUCCCGCCGCAGCCGUCGAUGUUCGAGCGCCCGCUUUUAAGGAGGAGCUGAGGAACAUGAGCGUCAAGUACAAGUGCAACGCGACCCUGGUCUGCAAGAUUACGGGACAACCCAAACCGGUGAUCAAAUGGUUCCGACGAGGGAAGGAGAUCCAUUCGGAUGGAAAAAAAAUCAAAAUUCAGGAAUUCAAGGGAGGUUACCACCAAUUGGUUGUCGCCGAGGCUGAUGAGGAAGACUCUACAGUGUACCAGAUCAGGGCCACUAACCAAGGCGGGUCCAUAUGUGCUACGGUUUCUCUGGAUGUCGAAGUUCCUGCCAAGAUCAACCUUCCCAAGAACCUGAAGGACAAAGAAGCCAUUCCUGCCCUGCGUGGAGAAAUGGUCAACAUUAAGAUACCCUUUGGCGGCAAGCCAGAUCCCGUCAUCACGUGGCAGAAGGGACAAGACCUCAUCGACAGCAACGGUCACUACCAAGUCAUCGUUACACGAUCCUUCACUUCCCUGGUUUUCCCCAACGGCGUGGAGAAAAAGGAUGCAGGAUUCUACAUCGUCUGCGCCAAAAACCGAUUCGGUAUUGAUCAGCAGACGGUUGAGCUGGACGUGGCGGACGUGCCCGAUCCUCCGCGGGGCAUCAAAGCCAGUGACGUCUCCAGAGACUCAGUCGCCCUUAACUGGGUCGCUCCCGCGAACGACGGCGGCAGCAAAGUCAUCAGCUACGUCAUCGAGAAGUGCCCCACCACAUCUGAGCGGUGGGAGCGCGUCGCUCAAUCUCGCGACACCCGCUACACGGUCGUAGGUCUUUUCGGAGGAACCGGCUACCAGUUUAGAGUCAUCGCUGAGAACAAAUUCGGACAGAGCGCUCCGUCUGAGACCAGCGGACCUGUCAUGACCAAAGAGGACAAAUCCAGAGUGCUGCUAUACGACAGGGAGGUCGACGACACGGGACGGGUUCCCAAAAGCAAAGCGCCGCACACUGAUGCAAAAAAUCUGCAUGCCAAAUUUGCAAUUGCAGAAGAACUGGGAAGAGGUCAUUUUGGCAUUGUCCACCGUUGCGUGAACAUCAGCACCGAGAAGACCUACAUGGCCAAAUUCGUCAAAGUCAGAGGUGCCGAUCAGGCCGUCGUCAAGAAGGAAAUCGCCACGCUCAACCUGGCCAAACACACCAACUUCCUCCUUCUCCACGAGUCCUUCGAGAGCCCCGAGGAGCUGGUGAUGAUCUACGACUUCGUCUCGGGCGUGGACAUCUUCGAGCGCCUCAACGCAACAGACUUUGAGCUGAACGAACGAGAAAUUGCCAAUUAUGUUCGGCAGAUUUGCUCGGCUCUCCAAUUCCUGCACGCUCAGAGCUACGGACAUUUUGAUAUCCGACCCGAAAACGUCGUGUACGCGACCAGGACCGGCUCGAGUGUCAAAAUCAUUGAGUUGGGCCAGUCCAGGCACCUGACACCCGGAGACCAAAUCAAGAUCCAGUACACCACAGCCGAGUACGCCGCCCCCGAGAUCCACCGGUGCGACACGGUGAGCACCGUGACCGACAUGUGGUCGGUCGGCGUCCUCGCUUACGUGCUCCUCUGCGGGCUCAAUCCGUUUGCCGCCGAAACCCACCAGCAGACGAUUGACAACAUUUCAAACGCGGCUUACGGCUACGAUGACGAGUCCUUCCAACAAGUCAGCGUGGAAGCGUUGGACUUCACGGAUCGAUUGAUGACAAAAGAGCGCAAACAUCGCAUGACUGCCGCCGAGGCUCUGGCGCACCCGUGGCUGUCCGCCCCUGCGGAAAACUUGAGCGGGAGAAACAUCCCGAGCGGCAGACACAAGAGAUACUACCAGACCAUGGUCAAGAAGGAAUGGAACACGGUGGUUUCCGCCGCUCGCGUAGCCAGCGGUGGCUCCGUGAGGUCCCAGCGCGGCGUGCUCGUGGCGAAGGUCAAGAUCGCCCCGUUUGAGCACGGACCGGUCGGCGGUCAGGUGGGACAUUCGGUGGCGGGGGAGGGCGACGACGUCAAGUUCGUUUGCAAUAUCGACAACUACGACAGCGCCACCGAAGUCACCUGGUACUGCGGCGUCAGGCAGCUGGAAGCUAGCGACAAGUACGCCAUCCAUUACGAGGACGGCACGGCCACCCUCGCCAUUGCCGGAGUGACCAGAGCUGACGACGGCACGUACAGGUGCAAGGUGGUCAACGAGUACGGCGAAGACAGCGUCUACGGCGAGUUGUUUGUCAACGGCGUCAGGUCGUACCGUCACUUCUUCACAACUCGCGCGGUCAAGAGAACGAAGCGGCGAAUCGACGCUGCCAGAAUGCUUCAGAAGCCGCCGGAGUUCACUCUACCGCUAGUUAACCAUACGGCGUAUGCGGGCGAAGACGUUCGCUUUGGCGUGACCGUCACCGUUCACCCCGAGCCCCGGGUGACGUGGCACAAAUCCGGGCAAAAGCUGAUUCUGGGAGAGGAUGACAAAAAGUAUACCUUCCUCAGUGACAAAGGCCUGUACCAGCUCAUCGUUCACGGUGUGGACGACGACGACGACGCCGAAUACAGCGUCACGGCCCGGAACAGGUACGGCGACGACAGCUGCAAGGCCCGCCUCACGGUGGUUCCUCGACCCAAACCGGCAGACCUCACCCUCAGGCCCAUGUUCAAACGUCUUCUCGCCAACGUGGAGUGCAAGGAAGGCCAGGACGUUCGCUUCGAGAUCCGAGUUUCUGGGCGCCCCUCGCUCAAGUGGGAAAAGGACGGCGCGCCCGUGGCCUUCGGACCGUCUAUCGAACUCGUCCACGAAGGCUUGGAUUAUUUCAUCCUACACGUGAGAGACACUCUGCCCGAAGACUCGGGCCUAUACAGAGUGACCGCCACCAAUUCGGCAGGAUCCGCUAGUUGCCAGGCGACGCUCAGAGUGGAACGCGUCACGCGUGUCAAGAGAGAUCGUGACAGCGGCGAAAAAGAGGACGGAGCCAUGUCGCAAAAGGAAGAGCUGGAUAAAAAAGUGAGGUUGCAUCAAAUUUUGACGGACACCGUCGUUCUCCCACUACCGCCGGCGGCAGUGCAGGCGGUCAGAGAAGCGGCGACCAUGUUUAAACCCGCAGUGACCACCAAAAAGAGCCAAAAGACGGAGGCCGAAAUACAGAGAGAAAAAGAGGAGAGGAAGAAACGGGCUGAUGAGAAGCGACUGCGCAUGCCCUACGACGUGCCCACGCCGCGGCCCUCUGACCCGGCCGCGCUGGAGGAGGAUGUUGAGAUCAAACACUUCCGGCCGCUCUCCGACAUGAAGUGGUACAAGAAACUCAGGGACCAGUACGAGUUCCCAGAGCCUCUGGAGAAAAUCAAACACAAGAGGAUGAAACGUAUUCGUCUCUCCAGGUGGGAGCACUUUUACCAGGUUCCCGUCAGGAUCAAAGACCACUACAAGCCAAAGUGGCGAAUCCCGUCCACAACUCAGGACGAUUUGGAGACGGUGAGGCCGUCCAGGCGCCGCACGCCUUCCCCAGAGACAGACUUAUACCGCCGGAUCAGAAGAAGGUCGCUGGGCGACCUGUCGGACGAGGAACUGCUGCUGCCGGUUGACGAAUACCUGUCCAUUAAGAGGACUGAGGAGGAGAGGCUUCGUCUGGAGGGAGAGCUGGAGCUGGGUUACUCGGCGUCUCCGCCCAGUCUCAGCCCCGUCCGCUUCGAGCUAUCGGCGCUGCGCCCCCUUUCGCCUAUGAGAGUUAGCGCCGAGGAGGAGGCAGAAGCCGCGCCGAGGUACGAUUCCUACCGAAUUCCGUCCAAAUACGAAGCCGGCCCGAGCUUCGUGGACCUGCGGCAGCGCCACGACAAAGCCACGUACAAACCUCCCCGACAGAAGCAAAGAGUAUACGAAGACAGAGAAGAUCAGGAGCUGCUGCGACCUCACGCCACCGCUCAGAGAAUCACCUCCUACAGGAGUGAACUCAAACGUAUAGAGGUGGAGGAGAAGACUCGAAGUUUGAAAAAGGACACUAGCGUCGUCGUGGCAAAAACUUCGGAGGGCGCCCGGUCUGAGCAUCUGACAUUUUACGCCACGGAAUAUAUUCCCAAAGCUGUGAAGAAGCUCCCCGAAGUGGAGACGGAUGCUCCUCGCUUCCAAAAGGCGGCCAAAUCGGAGUCGGCUUUGCCAGCGGUGGAUUUUCUCUCCAGGUACGAGGAGAGAAAGCAGACGCUCAGGUCAGAGCGACGUUCUGUGGAGAGAACGCGAGAGGCUCCCUUCAGCCUGGACCACGCCCCGCGCAUUAGCAUCCGCUUGCGUUCUCAUCGGGUGGCCUCUGGUUCUGACGCUCGCUUCACCCUCAACGUCCAAGCCAAACCGGAGCCCAGGGUCAGGUGGUGUCAUAACGGCAAAGACAUUGUGCCGAGUGCCAAACACCGCACGAGCAACGUCGGUGGACUUCUUACGCUCCAGAUCAACGACUGCACGAUCGAAGACGCGGGAACCUACACCGUGGUCUGCGGGAACAUCAAAGGGGAGAUUUCGGACUCUGCCACUUUAGACGUCGCGGAAAAAUACGCGGCCUUCUUUCACGCCCGCGGGGACGAGGAGCCGCCAUCCUGCCGUCCGGCGGACGUGACCCAAACCGAGGUGUACCACAUCUCGUCGACGGCCGUCAAGGAAUCGGCGACUCAAACCUGGGGGCUUAGGGAAGAGGCGCGCCCCGCUCGGAUCCUGAACAAACCGCAGUCUCUGAGCGUUAAGGAGGGAGAUCUCGCCAGAUUCAGCUGCGAUGUGGAAGGUGACCCAGCUCCUUCUGUAGCAUGGCUUCGAGAGGGAGUGGCGCUGGGCUCCUCCAGCCGUCACCACAUUGUCUCCACGCAGUACGGCUCCUCCUUUGAGAUUUCUUCUGCGCUGGUGUCAGACGAAGGAAACUACACUGUAAUUGCGGAAAAUGUAGCCGGCAGACAGGAAGCCAAUUUUACUCUGACCGUUCGAAAAUUCGAGUCCGGGCAAACGGCCACGGUCUCCCCGAGAGUCGCCUCUCCCGAGUCCCCAGAGCCUGUGGAAACCGCGUGGCCGAUCCAGUCCCCCGAACCUGUCAAAAUCCCGCAGCGGAUCAAGUCCCCCGAGUCGAUCGAGUCGCCAGAACCUGUCAAAACACCACAGCGCAUCAAGUCGCCAGCACCUGUCAAAACACCACAGCGCAUCAAGUCGCCAGAACCUGUCAAAACACCACAGCGCAUCAAGUCGCCAGAACCUGUCAAAACACCACAGCGCAUCAAGUCGCCAGAACCUGUCAAAACACCACAGCGCAUCAAGUCGCCAGAACCUGUCAAAACACCACAGCGCAUCAAGUCGCCAGAACCUGUCAAAACUCCACAGCGGAUCAAAUCACCGGAGGGUAUCAAGUCCCCUCUGAGAGUCAAGUCGCCCAUGUCCCCAAAGUCCCCCAGUGCCAAAUCCCCGCCUCCUUCCGCCAGUCAAAUUAAAGCAUCGAUAGGAGCGACGUCACCGACUCCGGGAAAGACGUCACUGCACUCUGUGGACUCGGAGCAGAUGGAAAGUGGAGCGCCACCUCAGUUCCUGGUACAACCCCGAUCCCAAAAUGUGGAAGAGGGGCAGAAUGUGAAAUUCACCUGCGAGAUUGCCGGAGAACCUUUCCCGGACGUGCAGUGGUUCAAAGACAACUCACCCCUGUCGGCCACGUCCGGCGUGACGAUGAGCCGCGCCGACGGCGCGUACUCAUUGGAGAUACGUGGAGCGACGCCGGCGCACAGCGGGAAAUACACCGUCGAGGCCAAAAACCAGCUGGGACGUUGUUCGUCCACUUCUGCCCUCAAUGUCAUCGCAGUCGGCGCGGAAGAAGCGACGCAGAACAUGAUUCGUCUGGAAGAAAAAGCCGAAGCAUUCUCCACCUCUUCCGUCCAGGCGACGGCUACGUCGACGCGCUCCGCUGCUUUUAGCUCCACCGAGACGAGGAGCCAAAUCGUGCGCGUAGGCUCCACCGAGACGAGGAGCCAAGUCGUGCGCGUAGAAACCUCUUCCGUCUCACAGAGCCGUGCCGGUGAACGAGAGCUCCGGCAAAGUGUGCGCACUCCCACUUUCCAAUGAGUCGGACUCCGCCUCGGUGACUGUCAACAUUCACUUCCGGUAGAUGUAGGGAAAGAGAGAGAGAGAGUGAGAGAGAGAGAAAAAACACGUGUAGGUACAUUACCCUUCCUUCCCCCAUGCAGUCCCAUCCUUGUUCAGCGUUUAGUAAAUAGGCAACAAGAAUUGACACUAAUUUAGCUUCUUGUAAAUAGGAACCUUUUUUUGUACCAAACUUGACGUUCAUUGAUCGAUUGCCAAACUAGCGUCUCGGAUUUUUUUGGAACGCGAUGACACUUUUGCAGUGACAUGUACAUAAUGUAUAUAGCCGGAUUUGACGGUUAUGCCGAAUGUAUGCAUUGUUAUUUAUAACAAGAAUAUGAAGUGAAAGCAAAUGCGCUUUAGCGGGAGAAAGUCCCACGCGGAACGAAUACCCCGCCAAGCUAGCGCGGAAACCAAAACCAUGCGCCUCAACACUACGUUGACGUCUAAGAUGGCCUCGGCGGGUGGAGCGUCUCCCCGCCGAAGUAUACUCACCGGCCAAAAGAAACCGGUGGUUUUUGACUCAUGUCGCUAUAACAGUUUCCCACGACGGCGAGACCCCGAGCGCCGCUCGCGUCACCCUCGCGUGAGCGGUGCCGGCGAGGGUCUCGCUUGCGCUGGGACCGACCAAUUAUUCGAUGACCGGCGGAGAGCGCGAGUGGCCUGCGCUCUCCCCUUUGACUUAGGAGCGCCGCUCCCGGCCGGCCGACGCGGGACAGUCCCCGGGGCCUAGUCCGAUGAAAAUCCGGGGGCGGGAGCGGCGCCGUCUCUCGGAGGACGGCUCAUUAGUGUUUGUGUGUUUGUAACUUUUGGUCGGCGUUGAAUCGCGUGUCGACUGGCCGCGGUGACGCCGUCCGUUGUGGGAGAUUUUUCUUUUCUUGGUCCUCCUUGAGUGUUUUUUGUUUUUGUUUUAAUAAAGCAUGAUUUCAGCACCA